CCCGGCCAAUCGGGAGCUGCCUCACCUGACCCAGGCGCUGUGCUGACGUCAUCGGCCACAUCCACCCGUACAGCCGGGGGUUACGGACUCGGUCCGGUGUGCGGUUAGCGGAGAGCGGCAGCUGCAGGUACCGAGCAGUCACUCUGGCAGACCGGCCGGCAGUGUGUGCCUGUAUUAGCGCAUUACCGGGCUGUAACAGUAGGGGGCAGCACGGAGCCUGUCUGUAAGGGGUUAAUGUAUCACUCCCUGCCUUUAUUAUCAUAUCGCGAUAGACAAUGUUAUCAUAUCGCGAUAGACAAUAUUUACUGACAAGCGGCCUCUGCUACAGCGACACCAGAGAGCUAGAGAGCCAGUGUGUCAGCAGCCUGGCAAAGCAUCAUGGGAGUUGUAGUUCUCCAUCAGCUGGGCACCUGACCCAGCCCUGCCCUGCUCCAUGGAUCACUUGUGGCCUCACAGCUGCUCUGGACAUUGUUUCCAUGGUUGCUUAGUAAAGCCCUCUGGCUGCCUGAGGAUGAUGGGAAACGUAGUACACCAUGGUUGGCUGGCUGAAUGUGAUGGGAAACUUAGUCCACAGCAACUGGAGUGUCAAAGGCUCCCCCAGCUCUGCUGUGUUAUAAUCACCAGAUGGCAUAAUAGAUGUAACCCUAUAAUAAUCACCACCCCAGAGUAAACCUGCUUUGUCUUGUUUUAUUAUUUGUCUUAUAUUUUUUAAAUCACUUGUAUAUUCUAUGGAGCUAUAAAAUACAUAAUUGCUUCAGUUCCUAAGUCUAUGGUUUCAUGUGUAAUGAUAGCUCUCAAGGCCAGUAUUACUCAUCUCUACCAGACACACUCUGUAACCCUAUCUACCUCCGUACCCAAUUAACUAUAGACUCUCUCUACCGAUACAUUGACUUCCAAAGUCUUUAUUCCCAUUUAUUUUUCUUGCUAGUGGACAUCAUGUAUAAUGUGACACCAUGGCUGAUAUGUUCCAUUGUAUAACACGGAAUAAAGAAACCAUGCAGGCCUGGAGGGUACACAAUCAACAUGUAUAAUUAAAUAAUUACAUGUUUUAAAUUAAAAAACGUACUCAUACGUUUAAAAAAAAUGUACGUAUAAAAAAUUGAGAUGUGUCCCUGCUUGAGGAGUAAAAAUAGGUUUGUUUUUUGAGCUUCAUGUUACUAAUUCACGUUAGAUUUUUGAGUGCAGAGUGUAUCAAAGUUAAGGGAUCAACAAAAUAUGCAGGAUGCUUCCUAAUUCUUUUUGUUUGUUGUUUUUUUUUUAAAUUGUUACAAGGACGCAAAAGAAUAGUUUUCUGUUAGUUUUUGAAUUUAACUCCCCAUUGCAUGUCCGCAUAGAUUGCAAAAUUUAUGUUUCCAAAGAAGGAAGUCACAGAAUUUCUUAAAAUCUGCAUAUUCUAAAUGUUUUCACAGCUAACCUUACUCUGAUAUUAAACCAGUGGAUGAAUAAAGUUGAGUGAAAGAAAUCUGAGACAGGAUGGUGGGGAUUAUGACCAGAAGGACCAGUUCUGGUAAGGAGAUAAGCAGUAGUCAUCUUGCUAUGCUACCAUUCCAGUUCCAAAUGUUAAUGAGCAUUAGUUCUUAUUGUGGGAAUUGUGUCCAAUCCAAGCAUUCACCGAUGUUGUGGUGUGCUUCAAAUAAAGGAUGUGUCUACUGCCACAAAAUAUAUUCAACAGAGUGAUGGCAUUGUUACAGCUAUUAUUGGCAUUUGACCAUUAGUUAGUGUUACAUUUCAAGCAAUUUAUCAUGCUUAUGGUAGGAUUUUCAUGAGAGAUGCUAUAGACCGUAAAUGCUUGAACUAUAAUAAUGGUGUUGAUGUAAUGGCUAAUUUUUUUUACUUUUUUAUUUUUUUUAAACACAUGUUUUAUGUGUGCCCCAAUUGUGUUUCCUUUUCUAUGUACAAUUGGGUCUUGACCAGAUUUUUUUGGGUUCAGCACGACUUUAUUCACAGGUGUUACCUUAGAAUUGACCACAGGAAAUCUUGAAUUUGAGGAGAUUUUCUAGAAGCAGCUUAAGUAGAAGUUUUGCAGUUAAAGUGAAAGUCUAAGGACCAAAAUUAUUUCAUCUUAAUGAAGUGUUUGUAACAUAUAUUCUGCCACUGAAGCCAAUGUGGUUUCUGUUUACAUUUUGCACAUUUCACAUCUGCUUGUGUCUGUCAGACAAAAACAGUCACUAGGGGCUCUGGGCUGAAAUAGGUUAAAGGUAUUCUAUAGUGCCAGGAAAACAAACUCUUUUUCCUGGCACUAUAGAUUUCCCCUCUGUCAAGGCUCCCUCCCAUGGUGCUGGACACAGGUAAGUGACUGAAUGGGGUUAUGUCCCUUGGAGUUGGCUCAGCUCCGCCCAUGCUCCUCCCCUGUCGAAGUCUGCCGGCGGGGAAACCUAAUGCGCGGCAACGAUCACGCUUGCAUUAGGAUCUCCCCAUAGGAAAGCAUUAUUCAUUGCUUUCCUAUGGGGGAAAUCUGACGCUGGAGGUCCUUAUGCAGAGCGUGAGGACGUCCAGCGCCAGAUAAUGGACCAAAAGUCUGUUUCAAUUCCAGAAGUCCCUCUAGUGGCUGUCUGGUAGACAGCCACUAGAGGAGGAGUUAACCAUCAGAGGUAAUUAUUGCAGUUAUAAUAACUGCAAUAAUUACCACUGCAGGGUUAAGGAUGAUGGGCGUUUGCACCCAGACCACUUCAAUUAGCUAAAAUGGUCUGGGUGCCUACAGUGUCCCUUUACUUUUUUGAAUCUAUUUGUGUCUGGUUUCCACACUGCACAGUGUCUGCGUCCAAUGCUACUUGUAGAGAAACAUCUUAGCAGCUAAAUCCAAAGGCCACUACUCCGUACUAAUAUCUCUUGACCUCUCUGCUGCAUUUGACACCGUUGAUCUUGCUCUCCUUCUUCAAACUCUUCAAUCGCUCGGUCUCUGUGACUCUGUCCUCUGUUGGUUUUCCUCCUCUCUCUCCCAACGCUCAUUCAGUGUCUCCUUUUCUAAUGACACCUCCUCCCUUCAUCCUGUCUGUGUUGGAGUCCCCCAAGGCUCUGUCCUUGGUCCCCUUCUAUUUUCUCUUUAUACUGCCUCCCUUGACAAACUUAUUGUCUCAUUUAGAUUCCACUACCACCUGUACGCUGAUGACACCCAGCUUUAUACUGCCUUCCGUUACAAACUUAUUGUCUCAUUUAGAUUCCACUACCACCUGUACGCUGAUGACACCCCUGCCAUCCUGCAACGUGUCACUGCUUGCCUUUCCUCCAUCUCUGACUGGAUGUCCUCCCGCUUUCUAAAACAAAAUCCCUCUAAAACUGAACUCCUUUGUCUUUCCUCCUCCUAAUACUGAUCCUCUUCUUUCGCUCUCCCUUCAAGUCAGUGAUAUCCACAUCAGUUCAUCCUUGCAAGCGCGCUGUCUUGGUGUCAUAUUUGAUUCUGGUCUCCUCUUUGAGCCUCACAUCCAGUAUGUUGCCAAAUCCUGUAAAUUCCAUCUUAAAAACAUAGCCUGCAUCUGCCCCUUUCUUAUGUAAGAUGGUACCAAAGAGCUUGUCCGUGCUCUAGUAAUUUCCCGGAUAGAUUAUUGUAACCCUCUCCUAAUUGGUCUUCCAAAAACCGUAUUUCCCUACUACAGUCUGUAAUGAAUGCUGCCGCCAGACUGAUUUUCCUCUCUAGUCGGUCCUCUCACACCUCACCCCUCUGUCAGUCCUUGCAUUGGCUUCCUGUAUCCUAUAGGAGUCAAUUCAAAGUGCUAACCCAUACAUAUAAAACACUGAACAAUUCUAGCCCCUCUUAUAUCUCUUCAUAGAUACAUAGGUAUGUCCCUUCUCGAUUUCUAUGCUCUGCCUGUAACCUUCUCCUGUCCACUACUCUCACCCGUACAGCCAACUCACGCUUGCAGGACUGCUCGCGGGCGGCUCCCUUCCUAUGGAACAGCCUGCCCACCGCCAUCAGAUUCUAGUCUACUACCAUCCCCUAGUCUUCAAUCAUUUAAGAAGUACCUUAAAACCCAUCUUUUUAGGAAAGCUUAUGGCCUCCCAGAGUAACCUCUACCUCACAUACCUGUCUCUUGCUCUUUCCCGUUGGGCAGCACUCUACUCUCUCCUCCAGCUCUGCUUCACUCCCACCUUAUUUGAUUGCUAUGUCCUGUCCUAUUGUGUCUUACACCCCACCUCCUAUAGACUGUAAGCUCGUUUGAGCAGGGUCCUCUUCAACCUAUCGUUCGUUUAAGUUUUCUUGUAAUUGUCCUAUUUAUAGCUAAAUCCCCCCUCUUAUAAUAUUGUAAAGCGCUACGGAAUCUGUUGGCGCUAUAUAAAUGGCGAUAAUAAUAAUUGAACACAGGCUAGCAAGAUUGAAAUGUAAGAGCAAUGUAGUAAGCGGGUUACAACGGAAUUGUAAAACAUCUGAUUGAGAAAAAAAAUAUGUAAUCAUAUAUGGGACUCAAACUGUAGAUGAAAAGCCCCAAAUCUCAUUCUUGAAAUGUUUGAGGCCUAACAUGAUUGGACAGGAAUUAGUCUAUCCAAUGCUGUAUUGGUCCUGGUGCCUGAAGUAAUCUUCCUCCCCCCCACCAAUAUAAGUAGUCAACCCAUUUAACAAUUGUUUGAUUUCCUACUUGGAAGAUAAUGAUCUCAGUGGAGGACAUCUGGAGUGCAGUGAGUAGUCGCUGCCGUUGCUGGAUUACAGGACUUUUUUAAGGGACUAGAACUCUAGGCACUAUAACAACGUUGUCUUAUUAAAGUUGUUUUAGUGCCAUACAUAUGCCCCCUUCUAUCCUAUCUUUCACUUGUAAUUAAUUCUCUUAUUUUAGUGUUUGAAAAUGCAGCUACUAGCCUCACCCUCAAGCCCCUUAAUUCAGAGAACCAGGAAUUAUGCUUUGACUCAUACCGACUGAUACUAGAGUCGCUGAUGUCAGCUCGCCUAUUGUACUAACUUUGAAGGACUUGUAGGUGUUGCUCUUUGAGAACAAGCAUCUGCAAUUUUAAUGGAUAGUGCUUUGCAUGCGCACAUCACUAGCCAUGACUUCAGCAUUUUCUAGCUGCUAGUUACAGAUAUUAAAGGGACACUAUAGUCACAAAAACAACGUUUGCUUAAUGAAGUAGUUUUGAUGUAUAGAUCAUGUCCCUCAGUCUAACUGCUCAAUUCUCUGCCAUUUAGGAGUUAAUACAUUGUUUAUGCACCCUAGUCACACCUUUGUACAUGUGACUUCACAGCCUUCCUAAACAUUUAAUGUAAAGAGUCAUCUAAUGUUUAUACUUUCUUCAUUGCAAAUUCUGUUUAAUUGAAAAUUUCUUAUCCUCUGCACUGUUAAUAGUUUGCUAGACCCUGCAGGAGCUUCCUGUGUGUGAUUAAAGGACCACUCUAGGUACCCAGACCACUUCAGCUUAAUGAAGUGGUCUGGGUGCCAGGUCCAGCUAGGGGUAACCCAUUUUUUUAUAAACAUAGCAGUUUCAGAGAAACUGCUAUGUUUAUAAAUGGGUUAAGCCUUCCCCAAAGCCUCUAGCGGCUGUCUCAUUGGUGAAAAUCACAGUGAGAGCAUGCAAGCGUCCAUAGGAAAGCAUUGAUAAUGCUUUCCUAUGCGACCGGCUGAAUGCGCGCGCAGCUCUUGCCGCGCUUGCGCAUUCAGCCGGCGGGGAGGAUCGGAGGAGGAGAGCUCCCCGCUCAGCGCUGGAAAAAUGUAAGUUUUACCCCUUUUUCCCUUUCUAGAGCUGGCGGGAGGGGGUCCCUGAGGGUGGGGGCACCCUCAGGGCACUAUUGGGCCAGGAAAACGAGUAUGUUUUCCUGGCACUAUAGUGGUCCUUUAAAGUUCAAUUUACAGAGCAAGAGAUAAAAACUUUUAAAGUAAGUUACAUCUGAUUGAUAGUGAAACCAAUUUUUUUCAUGCAGACUGUGUGAGUUACAGCCAGGAGAGGUGUGACUAUGGCUGCAUAAACAGAAACAAAAGUGAUUUAAAGGACCACUAUAGUGCCAGGAAAACAUACUAGUUUUCCUGGCACUUUAGUGCCCUGAGGGUGCCCCUGCCCUCGGUCCCCCUCCCGUCGGGCUCUAGGGGGAGGAAGGGGUUAAAUUUACCUCUUUCUCCAGUGCCGGGUGGGGAACUCUCCUCCUCCCCUCCUUCCUCUUCUUCCGUCACCGGCUGAAUGCGUAUGCGCGGCAAGAGCCGCGCGCGCAUUCAGCAAGUCCAUAGGAAAGCAUUUACAAUGCUUUCCUAUGGACACUGGUGUCUUCUCACUGUGAUUUUCACUGUGAGAAGCGCGGAAGCCCUUUAGCGGCUGUCAAUGAGACCGCCACUAGAGGCUGGAUUAACCCAUAAGUAAACAUGUUUACAGAAAAAAGGGUUAAUCCUAGCUGUACCUGGCACCCAGACCACUUCAUUGAGCUGAAGUGGUCUGGGUGCCUAUAGUGGUCCUUUAACUCCUAAAUGGCAGAGAAUUUAGCAGUGAAAUUUCAGAGGCAUGACCUAUACACCAAAGCUGCGUCUUUAAACUAAAGUUGUUUUGGAGACUAUAGUUUCCCUUUUGAUAGGUAGGAAGUAAGCGGCGAGCUUAGCUGCCACUCAGUUUGCCACUUGUAAACGCAUGCAUGCGUGAUGUAGUAUAACGCUUGGUAACUUCACAGGGAGCUGACUACUGUCAUCACUGGAAUAAAGUUAAAUAUUUUUUUUUUAAGUUGGAUAUGUAAAAUGGGUACAAUAUAUAAAUUAGCAAAUUAACCCAGAUGAAGCAGUUUUUUUUUAAAGUGUUCCUUUAAGAGGUUGUUUUUUUUUACAUGUUUAAAAUACUGUGUGUGGGGGGGCGGAGCUAGCACCCGACGGCAACGGUCGCUCUCUUCUUGAGCUCCGUCAAGCGGGCACGAAAAACGCCCAAAUCCUGCUGAACACAGGGGUAUAACACCCCCCAACAGGCUUCGGACAGCUCUCCUUACGCUGGGGAGAAAAACUAAAAAACCCCGUCCGGAUCGACCGAGAUUCUGUGCCGAUAUCGGUGACCUCCUGAGGGGACCGCAUGGCGCGGGGAGAACUGACAUGGUGGCGGACAUGGGAGAUUUCUCAGAUGACUCGGCUGACUAUUCCCUCCACAAUAUAGAAGAGCGGGGAAUCAACCCUCCAACAUCUGCCCAGCCAGCAGCCAAAGGGUCAGAACCACUCACCACAGGGAUACUUACCGGCCUCCUGGCGGACCUCCGCCACAGCCUCUCCUCAGAAAUCUCCCAGGUGAGAGAAGACCUCAAAGGGUUUAACGGGCGCCUAAAUACAAUUGAGCAGACAACCACAACGCAUGCAGCCCACAUCCUAGAGCUGCAGAAUCAGAUUGCCACUCUCACUGCAGCUCACACCACUCUGAGUCACCAAUUAGCAGCAAUGGAGGACAAGAGAAGGUGGAAACCCCUAAAGAUCAGGGGCCUCAUGGACAAUAUCACACAAGCAGAACUGCCUCACUGCCUGCGUAGGCUCUUCACAGCCCUGUUAUCACCCAAACAAGCAAAAGGUAUCACACUAGAGGGGAUGUUUUGGCUCCCAAAGCCUCCUGCAGCUGCGGCCUCCAACACCAGCGACCUACUGGUCAAAUUCCAAAACGGCCAAGAUAAGGCAGCCAUCAUGAAAGCAGUGAGGGGGAAACCCCCAUUCCGCUUUGAGAAAAUGGACAUUACCUUCUACUCAGAUCUCUACCGACCGACACUUCAGUGGCGUAAGACGCUAAGACCCCUCACAUCCAUACUAUCAACGAAAGGAAUCAAGUACCGAUGGGGCCCAACACACAUGCUAAUUAUCCAGCACCAAAACACGGAGAUCAAGGUAGCGGAGGCAUCGCAGAUAGAGGCAACCCUGACCACUCUGGGCCUGAACCAUGCAGCAACGCCGGCACCGACAACAUGGGACCCGGCCAACUCUGUCCCGUUCAUCCCGGCAAAUCGGAACAUACCCAGCCGUGCAACUACGUGACUCUGGACAUUACAUAUUUUCAUUUAUAUAGUUUCUUUUAUAUAUUGUUACUUAAACUCUUGUUUUUUUUUUUUUAGUAUUAUGAGGCACAGGCACCUCAUAAGGCCAGCCUCACGCUGAGAAACUGUAGACGCAGCAUAAGUUAUACCGUUCGUAUUGUACCCCCUCUGUUUUUGUUUGUGUUUUAUACACCUCUUAGACACCGCGCAACAUACCACACCAUGCAUUAACAGCGGGCCGUACCCAUCUCCACCACCUCCCAGACCUAAACAAGCCGAAACUCAGAAACACUAGCUCCUUAACGAACACCUUACCCCCCCAGCUCCGCGCUAGGAACCACUUACGCCCACUCAACCAAGUGGAGCUGUGCCUACUCAGCACCCAACCCGCCAUAGAAAUAUAUCGCACUCUCUCUCAAUUUCUGAUACCACAGAGCCAUACAUGUCCCUGACACCUACACUAACCACAACCAUCGCUAAAGACAUGACCAUGGCAGUAACAAGCUACAUUACCAUAAACAAAAAAUCACAGCCAACAUCGCUAUCCCACCAAUGUAUGCAGAAGAUUAAAAACAGUGAUAUGCUUCAUUGAAUGUAUUAUAUGCAAUAUAUAUAUCUUGUUGACUGUGAAAAAAUAAAGAAUAAAAAAAAUAAAAUACUGUGUGCUUUAUAUCCCUAUGUUGUAUCACCAAACUGUCUUGUAGGCAUUAUAUCUGAUAUCUGAUUUGUAUGCACUAUAAAAUUUGACUUUGUGCUUCCUUCCCUGUGCUGUAAUAAUGCUUAACUGAUUGGCACAUAAGUUAAAGGGACAUUCCUGAAAAGCUUUAUGUGUGAAGUGUGUCCUCUUUUUUUAUUUUGCAAAUAGUGCAGAUUUUAAUAGAAAUUGAUACUUUUAUAAAUGAAAAUGGUUACACCCCCUUGGCAUUCAAGCAUUCGGUUACUUCCUGGCUUGGUUAGCUCAGUGGAGCUAAACUCAAGACACCGCAAUUACACAGAGCACCUGCCUUGCAAAGACUUCUCAUUGAGCUGCAUUGGGAAGUCUGUGAGUGGACAGCCAUAGAAAGUCUGCAAACCAUUUUUAGAUUUGCCCACAAUGAGAAAAAAUGCAUUGCAGUUUUAAUUUGGGGUAUAUCUACUGAGGGUGUACAUGUAUUCCUUGAGCCUAUAAUGCUUGACCCACCAUUUAGGUGGCUUGCCCCCCUAUAAAAGUUUAAAACUCACCCUAUUUCCAGCGCCGCGCGGGUCUGCCGGCAUGGGCUCCGCCCCUUUUGUGACAUCUAAAUGGCUGAUUUUUAGCCAAUUGGAAAGCAUUGGAUUGGCUAAAAUCGGCACGUGGGCAGGGCCAAAUGCUGUUUUGGCAAAUCAGGACCUUAUAUGAGGAAAAUUCAGCGUCUCCAUGCAGAGCGUGGGGACGCUGAACUGCAGUGUUUACAUAAAUUUGCCUGAAUGGAGAUAUUAUACUCAUCAGAACAACUACAUUAAGCUGCAGUUGUUCUGGUGAAUAUAGUGUCCGUUUAACCCCUUAAGGACCAAACUUCUGGAAUAAAAGGGAAUCAUGACAUGUCAUGUGUCCUUAAGGGGUUAAAGGACCACUAUAGGCACGCAGACCACUUCAGCUCAAUGAAGAGGUCUGGGUGCUAGGUCCCUCUAGUUUUAACUCUGCAGCUGAAAACAUAGCAGUUUCAGAGAAACUAUGUUUCACUGAGGGUUAAUCCAGCCUCUAGUGGCUGUUUCACUGACAGCCGCUAGAGGCACUUCCGCACUUCUCACUGUGAAAAUCACCGUGAGAAGACGCUGGGCGUCCAUAGGAAAGCAUUGAGCAUUUGGCGCUGACAUCGGCAGGAGGAGGAGAGUUCCCCUGCGCAGAGGAACCCCAAGGCUGGAGAAAGGUGUUUCAACCCCUUCAGCCCAGUGGAAGUGGGAUCCUGAGGAUGGGGGGGACCUAAAGACCCUAUAGUGCCAGGAAAACAAACUCUAUAGUGGUCCUUUAAGCCGGGGUAAUUCUUAGUAUUUGUAUGUAAAAUUUCAUUUAUUUUACAAUAAUAUUUUUGAAGGCAUUUUUAGCUUUUUAGAGCUGCCGUGUAUAGAUCUGCUUUUAACAUGGUUAUAAAAUGGUACAAAAUAUACAUAUAUUUUUUCUUUCCAGGUGCAUUACAGGAUUGAAGUAGGAUGACAUCCUAGUGACGUGUGUCUUUCUUAGAAUUUCACAGCCAGAGAAGCCUUUGCUCUUUUGACAUAAUCCUGAUUAAGGGUUGGCUUGCCAAGGAAAGCAAUGUUUACAAAGCUUAAAAAGAAAAUUGCAGAGGAGGCAGCCAUUUCUCCAAGACCAGGAGGAGCUGCUCGAAUUCCCCGCACCAUUAGCAAAGAGUCCAUCACAUCUGCAGGAGCUGACUCAGGAGAUGAUUUUGUAAGUUCGAUAUAUUUUUCGUCUUUCUUGCAAUUGGUAUCAUUUGUUAAACAUAUGUCUUAUAUUAAGGGAUUUAAAGAAGAACUGUCAUGUGAAAUUAGCACCCUCUGAUAAGUGCCUAAAAGUCAGCUGUUGUGUUUGGGGAUUUUUUAACUCCCCGUUUUUUACAUUUGCAGUAAAUGUAAGGCUUUGUGCCUGGCAUUUUAGGCAAAUUACUAUUGCGACAUGAUACAAUGUAGCAACUACCAGAUCAUGCAUUGGAAACGCAUUUUUACUUCCCUUUGCAUCAGAAAUCACCAUAUAUAUUUUUUUGUUAUACCCAAGGAAAUGGAGGGUGUACUUUUUGCCUACGUAGAUUGUGAUAUUUUGCAAAUUAUGGCAUUUUUUUUUCAUCCUUAUAUGCUGUAAAAAUGUUUUGUAAAUGGGCUAAUAUUGGCCUUGUUAGAAAUUUUUUGGGGAUAAGCUUUUCUAAUAGGUUUUUUUUUUUAUAUUGUAUGUUAUAAAUUAAAAAAAAAAAAAAAGUUUCAAAAGCUUAUCCAGGAAUGUAAAAUUGAGGCCAUUGUUUCAAAUCUAUCCAGUAGGAGCUAUCAGAUUGCAUGUUGUGACAUUUUAUUUUGUUAAAACUCGGUACUAAACCAUCUCCUCUUGUUUGAUUUCUGCCCCAGUCAUAAAUAUAUUACAAAAAUGUUUACAUUUAGAUAAACAGGUGACCAGGUGCAUGCUGAGAGAAUUAAUUCCCUUAAAACCAUUUUAUUGACAUUUACUGUGAGUUCAUUUUAUUAGGUUAGGAGUGGCACUCUUUUCUUGUUCUACAAUGGAGGGCCAAGAUUGCACACCACUAAUUUAAUCGGAUAUGAGCUAUAUUGCAUUCACUCACUGAUGGUUUCACAGGCAUCAGACGGCAGCAGUUCCCGAGAUGAUCUGUCCUCACAAAUCUCCAGGAAGAAUGAACAGAUCCGGAGGCUGGAAGCCAAACUGUCAGGUAUUGUCCUACAGAGCAUGAAGUCCUUGACGUAAGAGUUACAUUUCUGUCGCUGCCUUUUUGUUUUCUGGCCUCUUUCAUUCUGCAUUUGAGAUUCCUGGACCUGACGCUUACCUUGUCACUGUGAACUACAAUUCCCAAGUUACCCAGUGGAAAUUUAGAGUGGGAAAUGUAGUCUACAAGUUCUGCAGUGCUAAGGUUAAAUAAUUACUGAUGUGACUUUGCUUUUAAUAUGUAAUUUAAAGGGGACAAGACAGAAAAGAACCCCCGACACCUUCCCUUUAAAUGCAUUAUAGAUAUUUGUAAUGACAAAAGAUACAAAGAAUUCUACUUUUAAUUGUAAAUCCAAGAAUGACAUCCAACCUUUUCAGUCCUCCCUUCAGCACUGUGCAUAUCCCAUGAUUCCAUAGUGUUGGCUUACCAAGUACUUUAAUCAGCAUAGCCAAGGGCUAGACUUAUUGAUAUACCGAUGCUUGCUGAUUAGUGUAGCUCUAUAUAAAAGAGAAGUAAGGUAUGUGAAGUCAUUGCACCAUAAACUAUACAAGGAGUACAGAUUAUUAUGGUGACUGUAGAACUCUUUACCACACACAAAAAUACAAAACCUGUUUAUUAUUUAUAAAUGCAUGUGUUAUUACAAAGGAUGUCACGCAGUCCUGGCUUAUGAUCUGCUAUCAAAUAUCAUCAUGUAGGUUUAAUUAUUCCCCUCAAACAAAAAAAAAACAGAAAAGAAAAUCCAACUUUGAGAUCCUUGUACACAAAUACAAUGUUGUUGUAAAUGUAGACUCACAGUGCACAUAUCCUGAGGGACGGCACUCUAAGGUUAGGAUAUCUGCUGCUGAUGACAGCCUACUCUGUGGCUGGACAUUAGAACCAGAAAGCUGCAACUGUGGAUCGUCUCUCCUUGGCUGCUAACUUGCUAGUUGUGUGUCUGUAUGUUGGUGACUUAUUAGGUUUUAUUGUGAGUAUAGUUAAUUAGGUUGGUGUAAUAGAGAAUGGCUUGUAAGGUUUGUGUGUUUGAGCAGUAUGGGAAAAGCGUGUCACAUGUAAAUUGAAGUUUGUCUGACUCUUGGGUCUUAGGGAAAUUUGUCAAACCCUGGCCUAGACCAGUGACAACAAAUCUUUGACAAUAUUAGUUUCCAAGCUAAAUUUCUCGGUUUUGCCAACUUAAGGGAAAAUGCCAUUCAUAAACCUAAGGUUGGUCAUCUCCAUUCUGGGGUAGGCUAGACAAGCUCUAACUUUCAUCUGCAAUUAGCUUUAACUUAUUUGGCCCUCUACAAGUUAAUCCAAGUUAAUUAAUUGGUUAAUAAUCAUAUGAGGUAUAGUUUAAAACAGCUAGAGAGCUAUAUGUUGGUUCCCUAUGAAUUACAGAAUUGAACACACACAAUAAAAGGCUGGGGAUGUAGGGGAGAUGUAAAGAUUCAAGUACAGAUACUCCUCACUUACCGACCGGCUUCCAUUCUUCCUACCCGAUUGUUGAACGAAUUUGUCGGUAAGUGAGGAGUUAAGGGAUUCCCUGCUCUGGUGCGUUCGUCUAUGUUCGGAGAAAAUUCCCCGAACAUAGACAAACGCACCAGAGCAGGGAAUCCCUUAACUCGUAAAAAUCCCUUAAUGUGUAAAACAGGUAGGUCGCUAAAUGAGGACCACCUGUAUACAAAACAGUUGUAUGAACCGACAGGAGUGAUCUAUAAAUCACAUACAGUACAGCAUAUUUUGCUACAUGUGCAUUUAAUCACACCACUUAUUACAAAUAGAGAUGCCUUACAUGCACUACUUCAAUCUUAUGGUUGACAUAUCUAGAGUAAUCACACCUGGAAGGUUUCACUGGUCCUUUACAAUCUGAAUAAACUUCAAUCUGAGUAAACUUCAAUCUGUUUGGAGUAAAGGUGCCCUUGUAAAGGGAAAAAAAAUCUUUAAUGAUGACACUUAACUCAACGAUGAUACCACAUUACAUGAUUGCACCAAUCAUCUAUUUUUUUUACAGUUUCUUAUGUGAACUCUGAAAUGAUAGAUCCAAUUAAAAAGAAAAUUGUGGCUAAUUAAAACAUUUUGGAUAACCAUUAAAAUGUACAAUGGGAAAUUUGUGAAAUGCAAAGAAAAUCUCAUAUUGAAAAGCGAAGUUAGAAAAUACUGACUCAGAAAAUACUGACUCAGAAAAUACUGAGAAAUGUCUAGUAUACUGAAGGCACAUGCAGUUAUGUAUCAGAGCACACUUAGUUUUUUGUUGUUGUUUUUUUUGUCUUUAAAAGGGGACUUUUUGGAUGAAAUGCAUUGCCUUAACACAUCACAAUGAUGUAUUCUAUUCACCCAGUACAUGUAUGUUUUGUGGGGGUAUGUUCUCUUUUGGAUUUGAAGUAAAAUAUUCUGUUUUAUUACCCGAAUAGUGUAAUACAUAAUUUUCAGUACGUAAAUAACUAAGCAUGCGUUCACACCAGUCCUACAUCCAUGAGUAAAUGCACUAAGGCUUGAUAAAGAAAAGCGCUUUUAAUCUAGGAGAACUUUUUUUUUUUUUUAUUAGUUGUGAGUUUCCGUUCAUUUAAUAGAAAGUAAACCUGUUCUGUAGCUCUGUGCAAAAGUGGUAAUUUUAGAAAUGUUUGUAGAUACCAGGAAAAAAUGAAAUGCAGAAGACAAUUAGUAUUUACACCACUGUAAGAGAAUUCUAUAUCAGCACUUGUCCUUAUCAUGCACACGUCUAGUUAUUCUCUAGUAUUGCAGCCUGGUUUACGUUAAUUUUUUUAAUUUAUUUUUUAAGAAAUCUAUCUCCACCAAAAUUAAACAUGAUUUCUGUGCAUAUUACAAUAUAUUUUAUCCCAUUGUUUGUCAGUUUUAUUUAAAAAGGAUAAGGUCUAUUUCCAAUCAGUACACUUACAAUUUUAGACCAAAACUCCAUGAUUUAAAAUAGAUGUCGGCACUGUUCAUGUUAGAUUCACUGUUGGAUUUCCACCCAUGGUCCAUGUGCAAUACGCAGUAGAUCAUUGAUUAUCUGCCAGUGCAUUGGCAUUCCUAACCUUAUGUGACCUGUGGCAAACCAAUGUUGGUACCGAAUCUUCUCACCACCUCUACCAUUGUAUCUUUUAUGCAAACAAUUCCCUUUGUGUUAUGUCCUACAGUUUUACUUCAUCAAAAAGUAGCUGUGUAAAUAAGAAGUGCAAAUUUCCCUGUCCUUUUCCCACUCAUGUUUUUGUUUUUUUUUUUUGUGUGUAUCCUUUUUUUUUUUUCUUGUCCACUUGUUUUCUUUCCCACUUUAUCCUCUCCUUGUUCUUCCACCCUGUUCGUCUCUUUCACCUGCAAAGAUUACGCAGAACAGGUCCGAAACCUGCAGAGGAUGAAAGAAAAGCUUGAGGGUGCUUUAGAAAAAUACCAGGAUUGUACGUAUAUCUCCAACCCUUUUGUCAUUUUCCUGUCCUGCCCCUUUCCAUAACCUCAUACUUCUUCUUAAAACACAUUUUAGAAAAAAAAUGUGUUCGAAAACUACCUAUAUUAACCUUUUUCCACUUUCAUUUCUAACAUAACAUAUAUAACGUUUGUUUAAAAGUUUCUUAAAAUGGCAACACUUUAAUACCAAACUAGUUAGGAAAUUGUAUUUCUCUUUCUCUGUUUAUAUAAUGCCAAUUUUAUUCUCUCAGAAACAUUUUUUUUAAAAUCAUAUGGCUGAUUUAAUCAUCUAAUCAUCUUUAUGUUUAUAUUAACAGUUCGUGGUACACCCAUCAAGUAUUUGUUUAUUUUACAUAUGUUUUAUUUAGGGCUGUUAUUCAGUUCUAUAUAGUUUCUUAAUUUUAUACUUUAUUCUUUAGAAUGUUAGCCACAGACAAGUAGUCUCCAGUGUCAUAAAGUUAUAAGGUUAUAAACUAAACUGUAAGUUGUGGUGACAUGAGAAGAUGCAAAAUGUAAAAAAAAAAAAAAAAAAAACUUAGCUGAGAUGUUUUUUUUUUAUUUUUUCUUGUGUCUCAAGUCAACUUGCAGUUGAGUGUAAAGAUCCUUUUGUGAAAGCCUUGUGUUCUAGAAGUUACAUCCUCAUUUGUAUAUGUGGGAUUUUGUUGCCUUUGUCACACUUUGACAUUUAAGUGAUGAGCAAUACACGUUAAGUAUUUGUCUCACUAAAAGUAUAUUUUUUUUAGUAUUAGGAAUUGUUAAUUACGCCAAAUUUCCCUAUUUACAGUGCUAAAAAUAUAAUGCUUUGCUCUUAUUUUAGCGUCCAUGCGGAAAUUGCAAGAGCAAAAUGAAGCCUAUCAAGCAAGCCGUGCAAAAAUGGCAGACGAGCUGCUGUUGGCGCUUGAAAAAAAGGACCAGGUGAGCUUUGUGUAUGUGGGACUAUUUUUCUUGCUGUUAUUCAUUGUAUGAGAGGAGAGUAACAUUGUUGUUUUUUACAUGUUCCAAAGAAUGGCAUCAUAUAAAGCUAAACUUAACAAAUUUGCUUUGAAUCUAGGAGCCAGCUAAAAAAAGUUAAGAGCCAGUAUUUUUUUUUAAAACUUAAAAAUGUACAUUAUAUUUAUUUUCAACGACAAAAAUACAAUUCUUGAAGGGACACUAUGGUCACCAGAGCUACAACACCUAAUGUUGUGGUUCUGGUGUCUAUUGCCUGUCACUGCAGGUUUUUCAAUGUAAACACACUAGGUUUUCAAAGAAAAGGCAGUGUUUACAUUGCUGCCUGGUACCACCUCUAGUGACAUCACCAAGAUGGCCACUGGAGGUGCUUGCUCUGCUUAGAGGCAUUGAAUGUUCCCCAUAGAGAUGCAUUGAUUCGAUGCAUCUCUUUGAGGAGAUGCUGAUUGGCACAGUGCAGCAUUUUUCUGCGCAUGCACAGUAGCUUGCCAAUGCUUUCCUAUUAGAAAGCAUUGGGUUGACUGAGAUCAUAAUCAUCUCAGCCAUUGAGGUGAGGCCAGCUGCUAUAAUACCGGCGCGGCAUGAGGUAAAAAGUGAGUAAAUACACCUUUACCAUACGAUUGGAGAGAGGUCAUCCAGACAGACUCGCUGACAGACAGACUCACUCGCUGGCUGAGAGACAGACAGACUCGCUGGCUGAGAGACAGACAGACUCGCUGGCUGAGAGACAGACAGACUCGCUGGCUGAGAGACAGACAGACAGACUCGCUGGCUGAGAGACAGACAGACAGACUCGCUGGCUGAGAGACAGACAGACAGACUGGCUGGCUGAGAGACAGACAGACAGACUCGCUGGCUGAGAGACAGACAGACAGACUCGCUGGCUGAGAGACAGACAGACAGACUCGCUGGCUGAGAGACAGACAGACAGACUCGCUGGCUGAGAGACAGACAGACAGACUCGCUGGCUGAGAGAGAGACAGACAGACUCGCUGGCUGAGAGAGAGACAGACAGACUCGCUGGCUGAGAGAGAGACAGACAGACAGGCUGGCUGAGAGACAGACAGACAGACAGGCUGGCUGAGAGACAGACAGACAGACUCGCUGGCUGAGAGACAGACAGACUCGCUGGCUGAGAGACAGACAGACAGACUCGCUGGCUGAGAGACAGACAGACAGACUCGCUGGCUGAGAGACAGACAGACAGACUCGCUGGCUGAGAGACAGACAGACAGACUCGCUGGCUGAGAGACAGACAGACAGACUCGCUGGCUGAGAGACAGACAGACAGACUCGCUGGCUGAGAGACAGACAGACAGACUCGCAGACAGACAGACUCGCUGGCUGAGAGACAGACAGACAGGCUCGCUGGCUGGCUGACAGAGACAGACAGACAGGCUCGCUGGCUGGCUGAGAGACAGACAGACAGACAGGCUCGCUGGCUGGCUGAGAGACAGACAGACAGGCUCGCUGGCUGGCUGAGAGACAGACAGACAGGCUCGCUGGCUGGCUGAGAGACAGACAGACAGGCUCGCUGGCUGGCUGAGAGACACAGACAGGCUCGCUGGCUGGCUGAGAGACAGACAGACAGGCUCGCUGGCUGGCUGAGAGACAGACAGACAGGCUCGCUGGCUGGCUGAGAGACAGACAGGCUCGCUGGCUGGCUGAGAGACAGACAGGCUCGCUGGCUGGCUGAGAGACAGACAGACUCGCUGGCUGGCUGAGAGACAGACAGACAGACAGACUCGCUGGCUGGCUGAGAGACAGACAGACAGACAGACAGACUCGCUGGCUGGCUGAGAGACAGACAGACAGACAGACUCGCUGGCUGGCUGAGAGACAGACAGACAGACAGACAGACAGACUCGCUGGCUGGCCGAGAGACAGACAGACAGACAGGCUCACUGGCUGGCUGAGAGACAGACAGACAGGCUCGCUGACAGACAGGCUCGCUGGCUGGCUGACAGACUGGCUGGCUGAGAGACAGACAGACAGACUCGCUGGCUGGCUGAGAGACAGACAGACAGACAGACAGGCUGGCUGGCUGGCUGGCUGACAGACUGGCUGGCUGAGAGACAGACAGACAGGCUCGCUGACAGACAGGCUCGCUGGCUGGCUGACAGGCUGGCUGGCUGACAGACAGACAGACAGACAGGCUCGCUGGCUGGCUGGCUGACAGACAGACAGACAGACAGGCUCGCUGGCUGGCUGGCUGACAGACAGACAGACAGACAGGCUCGCUGGCUGGCUGGCUGACAGACAGACAGACAGGCUCGCUGGCUGGCUGGCUGACAGACAGACAGACAGGCUCGCUGGCUGGCUGGCUGACAGACAGACAGACAGACAGGCUCGCUGGCUGGCUGGCUGACAGACAGACAGACAGGCUCGCUGGCUGGCUGGCUGACAGACAGACAGACAGGCUCGCUGGCUGGCUGGCUGACAGACAGACAGACAGACAGGCUCGCUGGCUGGCUGGCUGACAGACACACACACUUAUAUUGAUACACACACUCAUUCCCCCCCCCCCAAAAAAAAUAGUUAUUUAUUUAUUUAAGCCCACCCAGCCUCCCUAUCAUUGGAAUAGCUGAAGUGGAUCCUUUAUCUGGGGUCCAGUGUGGAUACUUUCCUUUGGGUCCAGCAGAGCUGCUGCGAUCAUGUUAUCUUCUUGCUCUGCUCCCUCGUACACCAUUUAGUGGUGCUGGGCCCAGAGUCAUAUCUCAGUUCCUGGUAUCACAGCAGGGUGUGCAAUGGAGAAGAGCAAGAAAAUUACAGCUCCCUUCCUGCCACUACCAUUUUUCCUCAGCUGGCCACGAAGGACCGACAAACACCAGGCUGAACAGGCUGACAAAUACCCAGGCUACAGGACAAAAUUCCUAGUCGUAAUGGUGACCUGGUGCCUGUGAUUUGUCAAUAUAAAAGUGUUAUUUUUUUUACAUUUCUUUCUGGUAACCACUUGUAUGAUUUUCACUGUCUGUAAGAGUAUUUUUUGUGUAGGAAUAUGGACAAUGGGAGGGGUGUAAAUAGGUUAUAUGGCACAUGGGGGCGAUUGUGUGGUUUUUUUUGCAUAGGGGUUUACCCUAUGUUUGUCUCUUAAACCCCCCUUAACCCUUGUGUGUCUUUUACCCUUGACCUUUACACUCCCUCAACACCUUUACUGUGCCUCCUAACUUUACUUUUGUUUACAUCUUGUGUCUCUGAGACAGCCUUACCACUUGUGUUCCUGCUUAACCCUCCACAUCCCUUCUGUUACUCUUAACACCCCCUCUUCUUUCUCAUUGCAUAUCUACCAAUUCCCCUAUCUCUUUCUGUCUCUAUACCAGCUUGAGGAUCCCUCUAGAAUAGGACUGAUUGUUAGGUAGAUCCUGCGAGAAAAAAACAUGAAUGUGAGCCAAUUUAAGAGGCAAACUCAAAGUACCAGGACCACUGCAGCUUAUUGUAGUGGUUCUUGUACAAAGCAAUUGCAUUGCAGAGACAAACACCAUCUUUUCUUAAAAAAAAAUAAAAAUCAGGGUUUACAUUUCUUGUUAUGUCCUCUUCUAGUGGCUGUUCAUAGGCAGUUAGUAGAGGCACUUCCUGGUAUGGUCAUACAAUCUUUGCAGGACCAACACUCCGCAUCUUCACGCUGCAAGAAGACGGUGAAUAUUCGCCAUAGAGAUAACUUAAGGCAGUGCCUUUCUAAAAGUAGAUGCUGAAUAGCGUAGUGAUUUCUGCAUAUGUGUACUAGCCCUACAAUACAUUAGGUCCCACCCAUCCUUAGGGCCCCCCUCCCGCUGGGCUGAAGGGGUUAAAAUCCCUGCAGCCACUUACCUGUCUCCAGCGCCAGGCUCCCUCUGUGCUGGGAAACUCUCCACCCCCUGCCGACGUCCGAUCAGAACGCAAGAGGCAUGAAGGCAAGAGCCUCGCGUGCAUUCAAAUAGCCCAUAUGAAAGCAUUACUCAACGCUUUCCUGUGGACGUCCAGCGUCUUAGUGAGAAUCGCGGAAGCGCCUCUAGCGGCUGUCAGUGAGACAGCCACUAGAGGCUAGAUUAACCCUUAGUGAAACAUAGCAGUUUCUCUGAAACUGCUAUGUUUACAGCUGCAGGGUUAAAACUAGAGGGACCUGGCACCCAGACCACUUCAUUGAGCUGAAGUGGUCUGGGUGCCAAUAGUGGUCCUUUAAGGUAAGUAAAUCUAUUUAUUUUAUUUUUUCUGUUGGCUUAUAAAUCUAAAUAUACACGAAAACACUCUAACUUUGGGAAUAUGUUUUCAUAUCAUUACUACUCCUUUAAAACCACAAAUGGAUAUUUUCCAUUUGACAUAUAUUUUUAUAAUUAAUUUAUAUUAUAGAUAUUUGGCUGCACUGUAUAAAAGGAAUUGCAGCAUGUGAUGAUAAAACAAUUUAUUACAUUUUUUAUUUUGACUCUACCCCCCGACCCCCUUUCUUAUGUCCUACAGGAAUGGAUGGCAAAGUUGGCUGAUCUUGAAGAGGUAAUGUAGUCAAAACCAAAAAGUAAUGUGAAGGAAAGCUGAUUUUAUGCACAUACAUCUGCAAGUAUAUAUGAUCUGUGAUCAAUGUUUAUAACCAUGUAGUUACAUAGUUACAUAGGCUGAAAAAAGACGUGUUCAUAAAGUUCGGCCUUUCUCACAUUUGUUUUUUGCUGUUGAUCCAAAAGAAGGCAAAAAACCCAGUUUGAAGCACUUCCAAUUUUGCAACAAACUAGGAAAAUAAUUCCCUCUUGACCCAAGAAUGUCAGAUUAAUCCUUGGAUCAAGAAGCAUUUACCCUACAUUGCAAAGUAGUUUUAACCCCUUCAGCCUGGCGGGAGUGGGGGAACUAAUAACCCUAUAGUGCCAGAAAAACUAGUUUGUUUUCCUGGCACUAUAGUGCUCCUUUAAGAAACCUCUCUGCUUUUGGAUGGCACUGCAGUGAGACAGCAUUGGUGGAGGUCUUGGAACACACUGACAGGUGGCACUGUGUCUGCAAAUACUGCUGCCCUAAUCAAAAUUGGCAAUAUACUUAGUAAAAUAAAGAUUCUCUGGUGGUUAGGUGGUGGAGCACAUGAUCUACACCAAUUGGUUCUUUGCCGUUUCAACUCUCUGUGAAGGAAUUUGCACAGUUGCUGUGUUUUCCAGCCUGUGCUCUGACUUCUUCACCGAGCGCCAAACCAGGAGUGAAUGAUACGUUGUGCAGUAGGUGAAAGUGCAGAUUAUGCACUCCACUACCAGACCAGGCAAUUGUUAUAAAUACCACUGGACUACCAGGAUUUUAUAAACAGCAGAGAGAGUAAAACUUUUUUCUAUUUUUUUUUAAAUUUUUUUAUUAAUUCAAUGAGCUUAAAUUAAAACAAACACCCAGCACUUGUAUUCCACAGCCCGACUGCUGUUUUCAUGUUUAUUUGCAGUAUAGGCACUUUGAGAUAAAUAUAUUGGUUUCCAGUUGCAGUUUAGGCUUGUGUUCAAAAAAGGUUUACUAUCACUGCUACAGGAUUUGACAAAUCUUCCAUUGGUCAUUUUUAACAUUAUAGAGUAAAUAGUUAGAAUUUUAGAUGGCUGCUUUGUGAGUAUCCAGGACAACUUAGUCUGUGAUCUGAUUGACAUUGACACUUUUACAUCUACAUACUUUUGUGACCUGAAACCCGUGGAGCUUUAAAACAUACAGACCAUAAUAGUGUUGUAACACAAGGUUAAAGGACCACUCUAGGCACCCAGACCACUUCAGCUUAAUGAAGUGGUCUGGGUGCCAGGUCCAGCUAGGGUUAACCCAUUUUUUCAUAAUUAUAGCAGUUUCAGAGAAACUGCUAUAAUUAUGAAUGGGUUAAGCCUUCCCCCUAAUCCUCUAGUGGCUGUCUCAUUGACAGCCACUAGAGGCGCUUGCGUGCUUCUCACUGUGAAAAUCACAGUGAGAGCACGCAAGCGUCCAUAGGAAAGCAUUGUAAAUGCUUUCCUAUGCGACGGGCUGAAUGCGCGCGCAGCUCUUGCCGCGCGUGCGCAUUCAGCCGGCGGGGCGGAACGGAGGCGGAGAGGAGGAGGAGAGCUCUCCGCCCAGCGCUGGAAAAAGGUAAGUUAUUACCCCUUUCCCCCUUCCAGAGCCGGGCGGGAGGGGGUCCCUGAGGGUGGGGGCACCCUCAGGGCACUAUAGUGCCAGGAAAACGAGUUUGUUUUCCUGGCACUAUAGUGGUCCUUUAACAGAAUUAAAAUGUUUCACUGUUUAAAGGUUUUACUAUAUCAGGAAUUUUGGAAAAUUGUCAGGAGAGUUGUAAAUUGUAGGCCAAAAUAUCUGACUUAGAAAAAAGUCCCCCCUGCCCCCGGUACAGCUGUUUUGGCCUAAGUUUGGCAGGUCCUUGUCUGUCCUCCACAAUUCCUGGUUUAGUGAAAAAAAUGGUGAUCUCAGCAGAAUGGUUAAGAUACUUCAUUGGUGAAAGGAAACCGAUUCUAGGAUGCAAUGUAUCUCUAUCUGUUCAUUUUAUGUCUCAUCUGUCCUUUAAAGGAAAAACAGCAGUUGUCUGAUCAGCUGGAUACCAUGAAAAAACAAAGCAUAUCUUUAUUCCAGAAGAGGGAAGACCUUGAUGAGCUGGGGGUGUUUCAGCAGCAGGAGAUGGCAAAAAUUAAACACAUGGUACAAAAAUCUUUAUGAUUUGCUUUCUGUAGAAGCUUCUGGCUUGGAAAAUCUCACUUAAAAGAAAACUUUGGGGAUUGAUGCCUUAUAUGUUAUUAUGUCAUAUCUUAAUUAUUGCAAGACUUUUUUAUUUACCGUAUUUAAUUUUGCCCAAACUUGGAUGCUAUGAUUGGCCACUUAAAACCAUUGAAAAAAAUCAUUGUCACCCAAAUUUGGACUGAUAACCAGGAUGGGUUUUAGAGGCCAGAAAAACUGUUUAUUAAAACUGCUCAAAAGCGUUUUGACAAAAACCAGCAAGACUAUAUCAAAUGCACACUACACCAUAACCACUUUAAAUACCUGUAGUAAUGGUAGUGCUUAAGGUGUCCCUUUGACCUUUUAUUUGAUGUUGUUUUACCUUGCAGCUUCUGAAAAAAGAAGAAUUGUUAAACCAAGUAGAGAAAGAUUUGGAUGUUCAAAAGAGAGAAUCAGCUGUGACUUGUGCUGAACUUCAGAAAACCAGACAGUGGUCAGAAAAACUGAAAGCGGAACUAGAUAAGCUGCAAGAGGAACAUUCCCAGCUUACUCAGCAAAGGUUGGUGUUUAAAGGCUGGAGUGUGCUCUUUGACUUUGUCUUGUAAGGUUUCCUUUUGGUUAAAUGUAUUUUUUCAGAAUAGGCCAUUGUGAUCAAUGCUUGGUAGUAGCAGUUUAGUCUGUCUAUUUGAUUUCCAAGUUGUUGGAGAAAAUGAGCCCAACUGAUUUAAAUAGUUUGUUGCAGUUAAUGCAGGUGGUAAAGUCUCUAAACUAAAAUAAAGCUUUGAAUGUGUCUGCUGCAUUCUAAUACAACACAGAAUAACACGUGCGGUAGUAUGGGUAAGGUUGGUUUAUGUAUGAGUUCUACUGGUGUGUUGCAGUUUCCCAGAUGUGUAGGAGUCUGUAUGUUUUAAAGGGUUACUCUCCCACCUUCUACAACAUCAAGCCACAUCACCAUCUUUGCUUCUUUGGUCUAAUCCAGGUGUUCCCGAUUAAUUUUUCCCGUGGAACCCUUUGACAUAGUGUAUCAACAUCGUGCAAAAGAAACAAAUUGUGAUUUUUUUUUUUUGUAUGUGCGAGAGUAUGUCAAGGUGUGUGUAUCUGUAUGUCAAUGUGCGUAUGUAUCUGACACACAGAUACACACACACACCUUGACACACAGUGUGUAUCUGUGUCUGUAUGAAUGUAUCUGUGUGUCAAGGUGUGUGUGUGUGUGUAUGAAUCUGACACACAGAUACACACACACACACACCGACACAGAUACACACACCUUGACACACAGUGUGUGUAUCUAAGUGUCAAAGUGUGUGUAUCUGUGUUUGUAUGUGCCGGUGUGUAUAUCUUUGUGUCAGUGUGUAUCUGUGUAUAUAUGUAUCUGACACACUGAUACACACAUACACUAACACUGGCACAUAGUGGCACACAGUUACACACUGACACACACAUCUUGACUCACAAAUACACACACACUCGGAUACACACAGUGACAUAUACACACACUUGCACCCACAGGUACACACACUAAGAUACAUACUGAUGUGUACACACACACAAGCACAUAAAAAUACACUGACACAUACACACUUGGAUACACACAGUGACACAUAAACCUUGACACACAGAUACAAACACAGACACACAUAUACUCUCACUGACAAACACACAUACACUCACUGACAAGCACACAUACUCUUUUACAGACACACAUACAAACACAUAUACACUCACACUGACAAACACACAUAUACUCUUUGACAGACACACAAACACAUACAAACUCCCUAACAGACACACAUAGAAUUUUUAAAUUGUAAAAAAAUGUUUACUCAACUCAGCCCCCUUAGCUGAGUGUUGGCAUGGAGUCUCUAUGUCCCAUUGGUCCGAUGGGGCUGCUGGGCUGAGCGUGCGGUACCUGGAAUCCAGUGGGGCUGCUGGGCUGAGCGUGCGAUCCCUGCAGUCCAGUGGGGCGGCUGGCGUGUGGGCUGUGCGGGAGCAGUGAUCUCCCUGCUCAGCUGCCUCGUGCGCCUCUCAGGGAUGCCGGAGCCAGAGUGACGUCAUAUUCCGGCUCCAGCAUCACUGCUGUGCGUGCGAGGGAGCUGAGCAGGGAGAUCAGUGCCCACUGCUCCCUCGCCACUCAUGGCCAUUUUAUUUGAAUUUUUUUUGGCAGAACCCCAAUUGUGUUCUCGCGGAACCCUAGGGUUCCGUGGAACACCAAUUGGGAAACGCUGGUCUAAUCAAUUGAUUCUUAUGGAGAAGCAUUUUUGGACCAUGGACAGCGCAUGUGUGUAGAAUUUCUAAGCAGUGAGAUGAGAACAGAAAUUCCAAAAGGAAAAGUGGUCAUGGUGGGUAAGGUAACAUUUUAAGUUUUAGUUGUGCCAAUCUGUUGAGGAAGUGCACAUGUUUACGUGGGAUCUUUAUGGAUGACACAAUGAGUUAAGCACAUAGACAUAUAUGUAUCAGUUAAUUUGCUGGUAAUAUAAAUAUAGUGGUGACACUAUAGUUACCAAAACAACUUUUAGCUCACUGAAGCAGUUUUUGUGUGUAGAUUAUGCCCGUACACUACUGAAUUCACUGUCAUUUUGGAGUUAAACCACCUUUGUUUCUGUUUAUGCAGGCCUAGCCACACAUUUCCCUACUAUGUCUGACACAGCCUGCAUGAAAACAAAAUGGUUUAAUUUUCAAUCACAUGUAACUUACUUUAAAAGUUUUUAUCUCCUGCUCUGUAAGUUUAACUUUUAUUACAUACUGGAGGCUCCUGCAGGGUCAAUCAUAUUAUUAACAGAGCAGGAGGUAAUAAAUUCUAAAUUAAACCGAUUUUGCAAUAAAGGAAGUGUAAACAUUAGAUAACUCAUUACAGGAAGUAUUAAGGAAGACUAAGUAAGUCACAUGCAGGGAGGUGUGACUAGUGCUGCAUAAACAAAGUAAUUUAACUUCCAAAUGCCAAACAAUUGUGAAGUGAGACGGCAGGGGCAUGAUCUGCACAAGAAAACUGUUUCAUGAAGCUAACGUUAUUGAUUACUAUAGUGUCGAAAGUUAUGUGUGUGGUGCCUGUAUGGAAUAUUUGCAGAAGUGGCAAUGAAAUGCAGAGAGAAAAGGGCAGGGAAUAGAACUAGGUGAGUGGGAAAAAAACACAAUCUGGGACCGUGGGUGGAAGGGAGAGUCAGAAAGAGCAAGGAAAGAUCAUCAUCUUAACUUAAUACAUAUCAGCAAAACAUUCUGAUUGUGUACCCCCUUAAGAUCCAUAAAGACAUGCGUUUAAAUAAUCAGACGCUGCUGUUACAAGUGUGUGGGUUUAUUGGUCUUGGUAUGAUAUUGGUGAGCAAUAUCAUAUUCAGCGUUUAUUUUUCCCACUAAAUAAUUUAGACUUGACUUCUGUCUUUUUAAUUAUAUACAUCACAUAGUAAGAACAAUUAAUGUGAUUCUCAUACUGUACUCAUUUUUACACGUCUUUGCAGGAUGGAGCUUACAACGUAUCAGGAAGGAGCAGAGAAGAAGAUCACAGAAUUAGAGAAUAGGCAGCAGGAAUUGCAAGACUUUAUCCAGCAACUCUCCCUAGACUUGCAGAAGGUUAGUUACUAACUUACCAUUGAGAACAGAUAAUCCUGAAAAUGUCCAUUUUUGAGAUCUUAUAGCAGAACUGUGAUUUGUUCAUUAUUAUUAUUUUUAAUUUUGAGGGGAUAUUUAAUUUUUCUCGCUAGUACAGCCCCUUUUGUUAUUUAUGUACACACAUGUACACUACCUACUUUCCAUUUGAACUGAUACUUUUUUUUUUUGUCAAUCUUUACAUUUAAAUCUCUAUUUUAAGCAAAAAAACAACUCUAGCUUUACAAAGUAGUUUUGGUAUGUAAAGCAUGCCCCAUGCAAACUCUUUGCCUGACUCUCUGCCAUUUAGGAUUUAAAUCACUUUUGUUUCUGUCCAUGCAGCCCUGGCCACCUAUAGCCUGGUUGUGACUCACACGGCUUGCAUGAAAACAAAAUGGUUUAAUUUUCAAUCAUCUCUUACUGAACACUGUAUUUACUUUAGAAGUUCUCCUGCACUGUUAAUUGAACUUUAAUCAUGCAUAUGAGGUUUAUCAGGAUAUUAACAGAGUAGGAGAUAAGCAAUUAUAAACACAUUGUGCAAUAUGGGAACCUAACAAAUGUAGAUUAUUUUUCAGAAACUGUGUAGGGAGGCUGUGUGAGUGUUGCAGUAUGGCUAGGGCUGCAUACACAAAGUGAUCUAACUCCUAAAGGCAGAAGGUUGAGCACUGAAACUCCAGGAACAUUAACUAUAGUAUACACUAAAACCACUUAAAUAAGUAAAAAAUGUUUUAGAGGUUAUAGUGUCCCUUUAAGACAGAGCAUUAAGGUGAUACUACCUUAAACACAGUACGAAGUGUCUUGCACAUUCACAAACACUGUUAAAGUGUGUGUGUACAUUGCUAUAGAAUAGGCUCACAAGUCCACUGAGAUCAGUCUGUCAGUAAGUCGGGAUAUUUGGAGCUUUGGCCUAUGUUUAUUGCAGCUGCACUAGCACUCAGUUGAAGAAAGCUGAGUGGAUGUCCUUGCAUUGACAGUUGCAGGAUUAACACAAUCCACUGCAUUAGGUUACUGGGACACAUUGCAGAACACAACAUGCCUCAAGACCCCUGACUGCCUGCAAAGGGAAGCGGCAGCAGCCACUGUUAACAUAAAAAUCAUUAAAGGAAGUAGAAAAUGAAGGGACUGUCUGCCUCUCAACAGCAAAUUUAUAUAUAAAAUAAUACUUUUAGAGGCGGCGUGGCUUGGACUCCGGAGAGAACAGACACAUGGUGGCUGCGCUCCCGUUCCCUGCACCAUAUAACGGCAUCAUACAGUGUUCACUCACCCUGCACCGGGCCAAAACUCAGUCCCACGUCACUCCACAAUAUUGGGAAGAGGGCUAAGAAAAUUCAAAUCCUGGCUGGAGAUGGCCCCCGCAGUAUUAGUGACCUUCUACAACUGUGGCCUUAACCCAAAAUGGUGUUUUCAUGAGCUGUAAGCCAUAAUCAUCACACUUAUGACAAAUCACGGCUUGAACUAUCUUGCUUUGCAUGUAAUGCGUCUCUCAUAUAUUAGUUUCCCCUUUUACGUUGCAUUACUGAAAUAAAUGAACUUUUACGCGAUAUUCAAAUUUUUUCGAGUAUCACCUGUAUGUUGUAACAUGUCCAUCCAUAGCCAUGCAGAAUAACCCUGCCCCUUUAUUACAGUUACAGUAGUUAUAAAGAUUUCCAUGUCAAUUAUUGUUUAUUUUGCUCCCACUAUAAGUUUGCUUUUUUUCCAUGUAAUUUCAGACUCAGUCUUCAGCUUCUGGAUGUGAGAAGAGACUAGGGGAGGUGCAAGCCGACUAUGAAGAUUUGAAAGUACAGCACGAACAGCUUAAAGCUAAAGUAAAGUGUUUCAUACACCUUCUAAUGAAUAUUUGCUCUCUUUAGUGGUAACAAGCUCUAUUUCUGUGCAUUCAUUAUUUUUUAUUAUUAUUUACAGAUAUUUAAUGAUAUUAUUAGCAUUUCUAAGAUCAGUACAGCAUUUCAAAGAUCAGAUUCAGAUCCGAGUUAUUGCUAAUGUAGUUACUCUCCACCAGAUUGCAGUGGAGACUGGAGAGAAAGAUGCCUUGAUCACCCGUCUGCAGGACAAAGUCAGCUCACUGGAGAGAAUGCUGGAGGGAUCGUACUCCGGAGAGGAAGGACUACAGGAACUACUUAAAGAGGUAGCCUGCUAUUCACUCGUCAAUGCAGCUUUUAUCAGCCCAGUGGCUUGGCAGUUCUGUGUGGACUGAACCAGAGCCUGUUUCUUCACACCUCACUAGUAUAGCUACACAUGACUUGUCCUCUAGAAAUCAUUGGAUGGCAAGUAUGUAACCAGUAACAAGCAUGUGGCAGUCCUGUGAAAUUUCUAUAUCUAUAAACAGAGUCGAACUGUCACUGAGCAGUACAUUUCUCAUAUCACUGGUUCUUAAAAAAAAAAAAAAAAAAGCUUAUUUUUUCCCCACUUAUAGUGGCAGUACCAGCGGGAUAAUGAGGGGAUGGACUUUUGGUAUAUGUAGCAGCUUGGUCUUCCCUUACCAGAGUCUCUUCUUUUCAGGUGGUAUAGUUGGAUUGCAGAAAGGGGUGCGGGGAGACAGCGCCUGUAGAAUUGUUCUCAGAUCCUGUGAUAUAUAGAAUGAACAAAGAAACUUAAUAUAGUGUAGUAUAUUAAAAAUCUUGGUGGAGUAUAGAUAACAGAAAUGCACUUACAAUUUUCUGGAGCUUAUGUUCAGCUCCAGAUUGAUGCGAAUGGACGGAACAAUCCUCGUCUGUGGAUAUAAUGGUAGAUCCAGGUACUUCUUGGUAAGUUUUUUUUUUUUUUUCUUCUUCUAAGGCUGUGAAUUGUUGUACAACUGGUCGGCAGUCAGAUGUCCUCAGUGUACAGGGAAGAUAAAUACAGACUAUAGUGCUCUCUGUAUGUAAUGAGCUGAUUUUAAAAAAAAAAGGAAUAAAAUAUACUCACAAACAGAGAGCAAAUACAGGUAUUGCUCAAUCCUAUAAGGCUUGGGUGGUAUGAUCCCCACCGAGGAUGCUCCUGUGAGAAUCUUCAGGAUAAAAUUCCACAGGAACAUCCAGAAGUACCUGGAUCUACCAUUAUAUCCACAGACGGGGAUUGUUCCAUCCAUGCGCAUCAAUCUGGAGCUGAACAUAAGCUCCAGAAAAUUGUAAGUACAUUUCUGUUAUCUAUACUCCACCAAGAUUUUUAAUAUACUACACUAUAUUAAGUUUCUUUGUUCAUUCUAUAUAUCACUGGAUCUGAGAACAAUUCUACAGGCGCUGUCUCCCCGCACCCCUUUCUAUAGUACCAGCGGGAUGCUCGUAAUCAUGGUGGACAAGCAAUCCUAGGAAUAAAGUUAAAAUAAUAAAACAAGCUGCUCCAUCUCAUACCUUUAAAAGUUUGUCACAGACUGAGGACUCCAGAUCUUAGUUGUCCCGCGGGUGGAACAGACAGGUACUAUUUGGACAGAAGAUGGUGAAGCUCAUGGGUUGUUGCUUGGGGAUAUGCGGCAUGAUAGAUCCCCGGGUGGUGAGCUGCAUGGUUUAUAAAAAUAAAGCAAGUAGGGGUAAUCAAUUGAUGUACCAAAUGGACACAAGCUCUAGGGUGCAAAGGUUAUAAAAAAACAUCCCCUCUAGUGGUAUAUCAAUAGUCAUAUAGUUAAAGAAAUACCUGCACUCCCAUAAUCAAUAUUACUGAUUAUUGGAGGGCCCCCCUCCUCGAUGUCUAGUCCUUUCUCUCCAGACAAACUGGAAAAAGCAGAGAAACCCAAAAGCCCACUCCUGCUCCUGAAUUGAAAGAGUCAUGUAAAUCUAAGCGUUUAGUUUGUGACAAAUGUGCUACUCCACUCGCAAAUGGAUGUAAAAAGAAAACAUGUAGGGUGACGGAGUUUGGCAGCCAAGCUGAGCGGCUGCACACUAGACGAACUCCGGGCUCAAGUGGGCAAAAACUCGACAAAAAUCCUGCAAACGACCCACUCCAUGCCUGCUUUUGAGCCCCAGGGGUACACUGCUACAGUGAUGCACAGGUCUUUGGCCAGAAUCGGCGGUUGCGGCUGUGGGAUAGAUCUGAGGCCUGCAUAGGGCCUACCCAGACGGCACGAAGGAGGCGGCCAAUCCCUCCACCAACUGCGGCCGCAUGGGCACCUCGGAUGAAACCCUACCGACCGCGACCCCACGAAACUCUGAGCAGCAGCCUACGACUCUGGGACGAGCUUCAGGAAUGCGGGAAGAAGGAGACGGGCUGGUAGGCGACAGCCCCAGUACCUUAAUCGCCGACCAGUGGUGAGUCGCUCAAAGCCUCAACGUGGUCACCCCCUCAGUGCCCCUCAGCUCGCCAAUUUGCUCAACGAAGAGGAAGACUGAGGCACCCACAAGGAGGAAAGCACCAGAGCCAUCUCCGGUCUAGCCUAAACCCCCUACACGCUACAGGAACUGAUCUGAAAAAGCUACAUACCUCUGUGCAAACACCCACAUGGAACACCCGCACGCUGCAUCCCUGGGAAGCCUGGAAGCAGUCUCCAUCGACCGAAGGGAUCCGCGGACUCGCUCCCCGCUCAGCACCAACCUUGCCACCUACAGGGAUCGGAUGAACGGAGAAAAGGGACCCCAGAACGUGAAAGGCUCGACCACACACUGACAGACACUAUUUACCUGUGGCAACACUACCCGAGCGACCCGUGAUACAUGAUUAAGGCUUAAUUUUAGUGUUAUGUUUUUCUUUUCUUUUUCUUUUUUUCCUCUUUUCAUGUUUCCCUAACCAUACUCUUAAAGCAUGUGCAAUAAGGGGAGGAGCCAGGGGGCUGACAUCGGUAGUUCAACUCGUUAACCUAAAUAUGUUCAUGUUUAAGUAUGCACUGCUUAUGAUGAUUAGCAAUAAUAAUGAGAGCCAUGAAUCUAACAUCUGAGAUAGGAUACCCGAAAUAUUAACCAAUCUGUCCAAUCACUUUAUCUCUGUUGACAAGCUAACCUAAAUCUUAGACAUGCAUACUCAGUAUACAGGAUAUUCUCCUUUAAUUACUUGCUCCAUGGUUCAUAAAUGCAACAGUAAUAUUGAAAUAACCAAAGCCCUAUAUUCCAGUGGUUGCCUCACUUUGCAUGUAUAUUUCACACCUAACCCAUAGGUAUGCCUGAGGGUCAUAACCUAUCUAUUUAUAACCUCUCACGCACAGGUUAGAUUAGAAUCCUGUGUUAUGCCUGUUUGUAUCUUAUGUAAACCUGCAGACUACGCUAGAUAGCAUUUUACCUACCUAGCCAGCGACCUAUUACCUUUACUAAAUAUAAAACUGUGCAAGAACUAUUGCAUACCCCAAUGUUACUAAUGUCGAAAAAAAUCAUGAGGAUUGUCGUUGGGUUACCCCAUGCAAGUUUAUGUUCAUAUGUACCAAAAAAAAAAAAAGAAUAAAAAAAAAAAAAGAAAACGUAAUCAAUGUUCUGCGGAAUUACGUGAAAAAUCCUAGCAGAAAAAAUUGUUGUUCUUGAGCUGGUUUCAAGAGAAGCUAUCGCAAACAUUUGAAUCCUUUAAGAAAUCAGUGAUAAAAUCCAAGAAUCUCUAUCUGUCCAGGACAGAUUGAUUUAAAGAGAAGCAGGUCCACAUCUCAGUCGGAUUUAUCUUUUAGUGAAUGUUCCUCCUUUCUUUGAAGUCUCUAACCUGGAUUCUUGUGUGUAGGCAGGUUUCCCACCUGAGCAAUUAAAUAGUCCCAUUAAAGAGGUCACGGCGGUUACAGAAGAAGAGGAUUCUUUUAAAAUAAAAUAAAAAAAGGGAAAGAAUUUCCUGUAAAUCUAAAACUGCUGGAUAUAGUACAUAAAGGGUCCCCAGAUAAAGGGACCUUCAUUUCCAAAUAUUUCAAGCAGAUCUUUAAAUUACAUGACACAAAUAAUUGGUAUGAUUUACCUAAGGUAGAUGUACAAAUAGUCAAGCUUUCUAAAAAGACCACCUUACCGAUUGGGGCAGCAGCAGGUCUCAAGGACCCUUCUUCAGCCUCCAUUAAUUAACCUUCUGGACAUCAAAAGAGUACUGGAAAUCUAUAUCCAGAGGUCUUCUGUUUCCGGACAUCUGAUCAUCUAUUUGUCAACUUCCAAAGUGGGGGGAGGUUGUUCCUCAUUCGUUUUGUCUAUUUUGGUAGUGAAUAUAGACCUAAUUUUAUCAAUAAAACAAUGAAAGAAAGAAAUUAAGCUUUUCAUAAAUCUGCCAGACACGUUAAAAAUCCUUGGCAAAAUAAAGAUGAAUAAAAAAUUUAAAAUUUUUUUUUUUUUUAAUUUUUUUUAAUCAUUUGAAUGAGAGCGAUCCAAGAAACCUGUAUACAUGUGAAAGUACAAAUUAUGAAUGCACCUAAUGGAUUCACUUUUCACUUAUACAGAAGGGUGCCUUGGAGAUGAGACUGGAUGAGACCAGACAACAACUGCUAGAAGCAAGGACCUUGCACACAGAUUCUACCAGCCGGUUGGAAAAUGAGGUCAGUACGUAUGCCGUGUCAUGAUCCGCACCUUGCGCCUUUUCAUCAUACACCCCUGUCCUUGUAUAGUAAUCUAUUAUUUUAGACACAACGGCAAAUUUAAAACAGACAAGUAAACCUAUGAAUAGUUUAUUACUGUAUUGUUUGAUCGAUGUUUGUUUUCAGGAAUUUUUUUGAGGGUACUCUAUUGACUUUUUUUCUUUUAUUUUUAAAUGCAAUUUUGUAAAAAAAAAAAAAUACCCUAAGAGGAAACAAGCAAGCUUUCUCUCUGUAUAUGAAAAAAGAAACCGGCAGCACACCUGCUCUCUGCAGCCUUUGCACGCCUUCACCUCUUUUCCCAGCACAGACAUUCAUUGAAAAGCCUCUAUGCUGCAAUUGCACAUGGGUUCACGGCUCUCUCAAUUAAUUGUGAAACAACGCAUUUAAAAAGGGGAAGGCAGCCUGCCUGUCACUUCCUUUUAGUUCUGUGCAGUCUGACUGUCUGAGUGCCAGGGAGGUGUGUCUGCCCAUAAUUUUAAAAGUGCCAGUUUCUAUUGAAAUAAACAAUUGGCAAGUUUAUAAACGGUCACCGAUAUGACCGAUUCCAGACACACGAAGCACUUCAGCAAGCUGAUGGUCCUUUAACCAAACCUGUCUUUAUUUUAGCAAUAAAACGAUACUUCUUCUUUCCAUGUUUUUUUUUUAUUUUUCUUCCAUCUACGUGGUCCCUUUUACUAAGUUGUCAUAUAUAAUCAGCUAGAGAUGGGGAAUAAAUCCACGAAGCUCAGGGCAGACCCAAGCUUCUGGUUCCAGGAUAUAUGGACUUUUAUGUGGCAGGUUCCAAGGAAGAUAACACUAUUCAUGCCAAGAUUUGUUCCGUCCAAUUAUUCACCAAUUUGAGGGGACUUGAGGACUUAAGUUUUUUUCAUUUUAAUUUCCUUAUUAUUUUCUUCUAGCUUAUCCUACUCUGUCUCUUUAUAUUGCAUACUGUUUAGUUCCCUCCAUUCCUACUUUAAUACACAUGCAGCUCAGCUUCCACUUCGCACGUUACUCUAGCCGAUUAUCCACUCCAUUUUAUUGUUUCAUAUUGUUAGCACUAGAAGCAGCCGUUACAUAGAAGAAAAGAUAAAUAACACAAAUAUAAAGACUCCAACUAUUAUUUGUACACUCAAUCCGUUGAUUAUAACAUAUCUUUUAGCAUGUUCUGUUGUCCUAUUUUAUAUAUUUUUUUCAUAUUAAUGACAUGCUGUGAUACUCGUGGAUUGAGGAUAAAGAAAACUUACCAAAAAAGUUGUUAUAAAGGAAUUAUUUAACCAAAUGCAAACUUUUUCAAGUGAAAUACAGGCAGGGCCAUCCUUGGGUCACAGAUGCCUGGGUGCAGAAUUUAUUUUAGUGUCCCCCAGGUGGGCUUGGUCAUUUUAGUGACCCCUCCCUUUGUGAAUGUCAAGUCCAGACAUGGAUGUUUCUAUGGCAAUGACUACACCUCUCGAUCUAUAAUCACCACCCCUUUUUCUAACUAGACACGCACUCACUGGCAGUCACACACCCUCACUGAGAAACACUCACAGACUCACUGAUUUCACACACCCUGACAGACACACUCACUGACAGGAACAUUCACACAUUUACACAUUUUUGCACUCACACACAAAUUAUUAUUUUUUCUUGUGGUUCUAUUUGUUUAGGCCCAUCAGGCCGCUACUUGCCUUUAGGAGUCUUUUGGGUUCUCUCCCUGAUGCUCUUCCAGCUCCUUACUGUUUCCUUGCGCACUCAGCAUCACCAGAGCGGGCGCACAAGUUAGCAGUGAGGAGCAGGAGGAGCAUCAAUGCUCCCUCGCCACCACUGCUGACUGGCUCCUUCUCCCCUGGGCACACUUUAUUUCCGCAGAGUAUGCACCUGCUGUACUGGUAAGUAGGUGACUACUCUGCCUUGGUUAAUGAGCGCCAGCAUCAGAGGUGGCCUCCUGUCACAGCAAUCGGCCCGCUCCUAGCAGCGCCCCCCCACCCUCUGGUGCCUGGAAGCGGUGCACCAUGUACUCCCGCCCAAGAACGGCCCUGAAUACAGGGCAUAAUCAGAAUUAACAUAGCUUUCUGGCUUUAUUUAUUUUUACACACUUUACCAUGUGUAACCUUAGCAUUGAGUUACACAUCAGAGCAAGACAUUAUAAUAUAAUCGAAAAUAAUAAUGUAAAAUAAUCCAUACUAGGGUGCAACAUUAGCUUUAAUUAAUUAAAUUUAUAUUCUAAUUGUUCUGAAAACUCUGAAAAAUUCCUAACUUGCAAACCUCUCUAGGAUACAAAUUUUUAUAAAUGGAAACAAAUUUAAUAGAAUAUGCUGGGGUUUUCCAAAGCAUAUAUUAUCCCUUGAUAAUUGCAUUAAGGAGUUUUAGAGCAGGAGGCAAUAUAUCAUAACAAAGGCCAUCAUUUAAAACAGCCAUUGGUUUUUAAUGAACACAUGGAUUUAAUCUGUGCUUAAUCAGAGUUUGCUGUGAGAUGAUUUUACGUGUCUCUUGUGUAAUUGCAUCUUUAUAAAGGUAACAAAACUGAGCAUUCAGUUGGAGGAGGCACAAGGAGAUCUUCAGCAGAAAGAAAGUGAAUUCUCCGAUUUCCGAGAACUAAGCUCUUCACGGGUGGGUUUUAAGUUUUGAUGAUGAGAACCAGUUUUUAAAGAUAUGAUUGCUCUGGUAGGCCUUGGUAGAUCACUACUAGACACAGCACUGUUGGUGUGAAUACUAACAAUCCCAAAGGGACGCUAUAGUUGUCAAAACAACUUUAGCUUAACGAAGCCGUUUUUGUGUUAAGUUCAUUACUACAGUCUCACUGCUCAAUUCUGUGCCAUUUAGGAGUUAAAUUACUUUCAGGGCCGGCCCGGCCCACCGUGAAAUUUCCCGGUGGGCCGUGGCACCUGAGGGCUGCACAACUCUAACUAUAGAGAGGGAGUCCUGCGGUAAUUUUUUAUAAUAUUGCGGUCGCUGGUCCAGUGGCACACCUUGAGGGGGUUACCUUGUGGCCAGCUGCCCCAUCUCAUGUGGUGUAUGACUGCUGUCCGUAUCAGUGAGUGUGCCGGGCGGCUGCCUAACCGGUCCGGCGGCACACUCACUGAUACUGACAGCAGUACAGCUGUCAGCACAGGAGGACUGAGGGAGGGGACAGAGCUAACUACCAUGCUACCUUGCGGUUCCCACAAUUCCCAGCACAGCCACGUCAUAGAGUAGUGAUUACUCUAUGAUGUGUCCAUGCGUGGAAUUAUGGGAACUGUGUGUCCGUUAAGCUAAAGUAGUGUUAGUGACUUUAGUGUCCGUUAACAUAGUGCUGUGAUCUGCCAGAUAUUAAUCAGUAUGUGAAGCAGAAAAUGUUAUGUUAAAGCAUAUCAGUACUCUAAUUUAAAAAAAAAAAAAGUAUAACUUCAGUGUGACCAAUAGAGCAUGAAAAUAUGUGUAAAUAGUUUUGUUCUUGUUCUGCAAGUUUUAAGAUUUAGUGCUGUUACGUGAAUCAUGUGAUUGGAAAAUAUUUGCCAUCCUUGUUUAAAAAGUCCUAAAAAUAUUUUUAAAGCCAAUCCCAGAACACUAAUGGUGCGUGUUGGAGAUCAUUAUCGCAGUACAAGAAACUGGUAAUGUAAGGAUAAAUCUGUAAAUGGUAGUAUCUUGAAACACAAUUGUCCCUUUUAAACAUUAUUUUCCUUAUUAUUUGUCAGAGCUCUACUUUUUGCUAUCUAGACAUAUUGACUCAGAAUACCACAUGGUCUCAAAGUGCAUUACACUGUAUCGAUUUUAGAUUCCGGCAGUACCAUAGUUUUAGUAAUUAAAAUCUGGAUCCUUUGAAAUAGAUGGUUGGUAACCAGAAGGUUUUGGCCCACUGCCCAGAAUAGAAAGUACAAUUAUGGUUUGAUUAGAAGGAUGGUUACAUGCCUUGGACACACACUAAAUGCAGAUCUAAUGACUGUGAUCCUGUAUUAUGUGCUGCGUGGACCACAAAUGAACUCUUGUCUUCUUCAGGGCAAAUUGUAGAUUGCUUAAUAACAUCUAUUAAUUAAGUAGAUGGUUACCACAGUGAUAUCAAUACAAUAAGAAAUUAUAACACAUUUUGUGAAAUUAAUUUAAAUGUCCAACCUUUCAAAAGCAUUUAUUAUGCACUAGUUUUUAAUAAACAAAAAUCCUUUAUAUAUGGUUUACAAGAUAUAUUUAAAAAAAAAAGUUUUUUUUAUAGGUAAACCGCAAUAGCAAUUGUACUUGGGUAACAGAUUACAUAUAAGGUCUUUUGUUUCCGUCUAGCUCAAAGAUUUGGAGCAAACAUUACAAUCUGUCCGUGAGAAUCUGCACCGACGAGAGGAGGAGUUAAAUGACAGAGAAGCACAAAUUAAAUCUCUGGUGAGAAUUGUAUAUACUUUUACAGUUGGUAACACAUCACAUCCUUAGAGAGAUGGACGCUGCUGCACUGAAACAUAAGCACAUGAUAAAAAGCAUGAAUUGAUUUUGUCAACUCACUUGCAUAUAUGCAUGCUUAGAUGAUUACACCAGCAGUAAAUAUGUGCACAUAUCAGUAGUAGCUAAACCCUCGGUUGUAGUAAAAUUGUUUCCUCUGUGAUACUUUUCUGAAAUAGACUUCCUAUUGAAAUCUUGAAAAUCGAGUCACAUAACAAAGCUUGACCUGAGUAUAUGGUGCUGGUGAUAAUUAAUGCUGGUGCUGGUGAUAGUUAAUGCUUGUCUUUCUCUGAUGGAAUAUAUUGCAGCAAGCUGAAAUGGAGGCAGAAAAUAACAGGCUGACGCAGCAGCUGCACAAUGUAAGACAGCAGUUUGCUGAAAAAGUGGAACGGUUUGAGGCCCAAAUUCUUGCUCUGGAAGGUGCUCGAGACUUUGAUAAAACAGCAGCACAGCACAAAAUAGUAAGUUAUGCUCGCAGGAGGCUCCGACUACACACAGGCCAAAGCUCCAUUACCUAAUCCAAACAGACUGUGAAAUAUUAUUAUUUAUAAAGUGCCAACAGAUUCUGCAGCACUGUGCAAUAUCCAAUGCAAGUAUCUAUCUUUUAGCGGUUAAAAGAUCACCCUCUGUUUUAAUGCAAUAUAAAUAUGAUUAAUUAAAAGUGCAAAAAUAAAUGAAGACAAAAAAAUUUACCUCAAAGUUUCACUUGAUGCUCUGUUCUCCCCAUCUCAGUAGAGCAAGUCUUAUACCAUAAAUUGUUGCACAGAAGAGGUUUAUGGGAUUCACAUCUCUGAUGGGAAGAGAGAGAGAGCUCCACACGAGUUGUACAUGCCUCAUGCACAAUACAUGUGCUAAACAUGGACAAAAUUCACACAGACAACCCAGAACAUUCCUUCCAGACUGCUUGAUCAACGGCUCUUAGGGACAGGUUUAGAGCUGCAAUGAUCACUGCAGCCCUUAGAUCUGACAGUAGGAUCAAGUUAAAAUAUAUAAACUUGUGGUGGUGUUUUAGAGUGACCUUUUAACCCCUCCAUGACCACAUUCAUAACCUCUUACAGGGUUACACCAACCUUUAUAAAUAAUGCCCUGUUGGGCAUUAUUUUUAGGUUCUCCCUCCUGAUCGCUACAAAACUACUUUUAAAAAAAUGUUUUACUUGCCAUAAUCCAGUUCUGGGCAAAGUUCCUUUGAGUCGACAAAAAGUCAGGGGGGAGUUUAACAACAUGCAAAUGGAUCUGAAUAUGCCAGUCGCCAGCGCGCAGUGUGCACUGACGCUACACGUCAAAUAUGCACAGAAUUGACAUUAGGUGGCCCGUAUCAAAGUCAAGGAAGGAAUCUGGCUGUGCAGCGGUUUAGCUUGCUCACACUGGUCAAGAAGAGUUAUUUGCACUUUUUUGUGCCGAACACUACUUGAGCAAUGUGAGCAAGCUGAAACACUGCACAGCCAGAUUCCUUCCUCCAUUAUCACUUCAAAAACAGAAGUGGUUAUGGAUAUUGGAAUAACUCUUUUAACUUUCAGUCUGAUCCUUCUCUAGUAUGGAAUGUUCCGAGGUUGGAUGUAUUUUUCAUAUAUGGCUCUUUGAGUUAACAUUUUCACUUUGUCAGUUCUCUACGAGUCCCAGUUUAGUAAGCAAACCCUACAAUGUUAACAUUACCUGUUCAAAAUAAACCAGCUGACUGCCACGCAUACUUUACAAAGCAGCACUGUAUUUACUAUGUUGGAUGUAAACAUGAUAGUAACAAAACAGACAUUACCUUAACUUUAACAGAGCCAACUGGAACAAGAAAAUGAGGUUCUAACAGGAAGGAGCAAAGAGUUGGAAACUGCUCUCAAUAGGCAGGAAGUUGAGCAAGCCAAAAUGAAGGUAAGUGUACUAUAAAUAACACAUAGUAAUUGCAUUUUUUCCAUACUUGCUACAAACACAAUUUCAUUCUUCAUGUUCAUUUCUGUAAUAUUUUUGACUGUUUGUAACAGGUAAGUUGCUCUUUUUAGCCUCAUAAAAAGCUUUUUACCCCUUAAGGACCAAACUUCUGGAAUAAAAGGGAAUCAUGACAUGUCAUGUGUCCUUAAGGGGUUAACAAGGAAAUAGUGCAAGGAAAUAAUAUAUUUCAUGCUUAUGCAAACAAGCUUCUUUUAAAAUGUAUUUAUUUAUUUAAACUAUUCUGACUACCGACUGGGGAAGGCUUUUAUAUUCACUACUUUCAUGGGACAUUUGCAAAGCUCUAGUAAUUCUGGAUUAAAGUUCUACAAAUAGUGAAUCACCAUCUGAAUCCAAGGACUGAUCCUUCCAGUUUUAGUAGCAAAAGUUUUUCAUAAUAAUUUUACUGAAGUCCAAGCUGAAAAUAUUUCAUAUGGUGAAAAUUGACAGGAACUCAAAGUUUAAUAUGCAAAUUUAGGCCUAAAUGGCCAAUUUAGAAAAUACAUGCAGACUUGAUACUGCUGGCAUUUUUGUUUUACCUAGCUUGAUAAAUCAACUCUUCUCUGCAGGAUGAACUGAGCAGCAGAGAGACUGUGUGCGUUGAGAUCGCUAAAGCUCUGGAGGAAACGAGGAAGCAGAAGGAAGAACUUCAGCAACAGGUAAUCAUAGAGACACUGCAAACACAAACACUUUGCUCACUGUUAACCUUUAAAUAGUGUUCUGAGAAAGGGACGUUUGUAUGUUGUGCAACCAGUAUUGUUGUCUGUACAUGGGUCAAACAUGAGGAUAGCAGAAGUCUAUGUGAAGCACAAGAGCCCACUGCCAAAGCUGUUGUAUAUAUGGACCAUAGUGAAAUCAGUUUUUAAUACGAUAUUUGUACAAUAAAGUUAGUACAAUUUGUACAAUAAAGAACAGACGGUGAACAUUUCAUGAAAUUGCAAGUCGUGAAUAUCCCAUUCUGGAGUUUUGCCAAGUUAUCAGUAUGCUUUUUAUUAUUCAUUAGAGAUUGUUAGAUUUUGACAUUGAAAAAACUUUUCCAGAUGGAGAGUGAUUAACCUCUAACGAUUAGUCAUUAAAUGAAUGGCAAGUUGUUUUUAUGAAAAUAUAUGCAUGAGUUUUGACGGAGGGCAGUUGUAUGCACACAUAUAUGAGUGCAUUACACAGCACCCUGAUAUGACAUGCAGCCACUUGUGUAGCUGAUGGGAGAUUUUGGUCAUAAGGGGCCACCAGCACAGUACCCCACUUUGAACGGUAGUCAAGAUUAUAUAUGUGUUUAGCCCUUUAAUAUUUCUUCUGGGAAAUCGAAUGGGGAAAAAAGCGAUUUCCACUAAAACAACAUUUCCGUGUUGAAUUAAACUUCCUUGUUUUCCCAUUUGUAAUAGUAGUCUGGAAGGUCAGAACCACAGAGUAUGCUAAACAGUUAAAGGAUUUCCUUAUCUCACGAAUGGAUUUUUACAGUAAUGUAAAGGCUUUGACACAUUCAUUUCUUUACAGGUGGCCAGUCUGAAUGCUGUGAUUGAAGAUAACACACGCAUCCUCGCUGAGACGAAGGAAGAACUUGAGCAAAAAGACAAAGAGAUAGCGGCCCUGAGAGGAGGUGCGCUUUGUUCAGUUAUCUGUAUUGCAUUUGGCAUGUAGUGUCUGCUAGCGGGACUAAAUGCAAUCCACACUAUAUGUGAAAAUGACACUGCCUCAUCACAUCUAAGGACAGAACUCUAGCGGCUUCUUUCUCAUGAGAAGAGCCAGUUGGAGAGUUUAACCGAAAAUUUACCAAUCUCUAUUUUUUAUCACAGUGAACGCAGACACAUUAAUCAACUUUUAAAUAUUGGGCAAAGGCCAUGGUGUUUUUAUUUUCUUAAAAAGAGUAUAACAAAAUUAGAAUCAAAACUGUAAUCUGAAACCUUCAUAUAGUCUAUAUAGCUCUGACCGCCCCAAUACAUUUAGAUAAACUCCAAUACUGCAUAACUUACUAACCACGGUUUUGCCUCUGUUUAGAAUACAAAUACCACGACUGUAGGGAAACCCACAUACAAGAAAAUAAUAAAGGGGGAGAGGUUGGGGAUCCAGGUAGCUCAGUCUUCUCCACAGUUUCCAACACUUUCUUGAGGUGAGCCCUAAAAUAUGAAGCCACUUUCCUGCCGUUAUCCUUACGCCUAGUGCCAAUCCAGAGCUAGGUCCCUAUUCUCCAAUCGGCUCUCAAGAAAACUUAAUUCUGCCAAUGUACCUGAGAAUCUGCCUAUCUACUACUAAUCUACCUUACAACAACUCAAAGCUGACGGAACCUCCAACAUCAACCCUUUCCUUGCCAUCAUGCAUAUCCUUUCACUGGUCAUUCAGCCUGUGGCAGUUCAUUACAUUCUGGCACCUCUGAUUUCCAUCUUUCCUCACAGUAUGUUUAAAGAAUCACUGUAGGGUCAGGAACACAAACAUGUAUUCCUGACCCUAUAUUGCUAAACCCACCAUUUAGGUGGCUUGCCCCCCUAUAAAAGUUUAAAAGUCACCUUAUUUCCAGUGCCGCGUGGGUCUGCCGGCACUGUAUCCGCCCCCUUUGUGACAUCAUCAAAAUGGCAGAUUUUUAACCAAUCCAAUGCUUUCCCAUUGUGAAAGCAUUGGAUUGGCUAAAACCAGCACUGGGGCGGGGCCAAAUGCCAUUUUGGCCAAUCAGGACCUCCUUAUAGAGAUGCAUCGAGUCAAUGCAUCUCUGUGAGGAAAAUUCAGCGUCUCCAUGCAGAGCGUGGGGACACUGAACGGCAGGGCUGCUUACUGUGCAGCCCUGAGCCCGGAAGUCCCUGGAGUGGCUACUUGGAGGUGUCCCUAGAGGCAAUGUAAACACUGCCUUUUCUUUGAAAAGGCAGUGUUUACAUGUAAAUGCCAGAAGGGAGCUAUUAUACUCAUCAGAACUACUACAUUAAGCUGUAGUUGUUCUGGUGACUAUAGUGUCCCUUUAAUAUGCUGACUUUCUUGGCAAAUUUACCUCAAAACUGUCAUAUUUAUUUAUUAAUUUCUCUCUCUUUUUUAGAUUAUGACAACAUGGUUUCAAAAAUGCAACAAUUACAAUCUGAUUUGGAAAAUUACAAAAGCAGAGUCUUAUUAAGUGAGGAAUCUGCUGAGAAGCAAUCUAGUACUGCAAGGAUACAGCUGCAGGAGCUGAAAGAGGCUCUACUGGCUAGUGAAUCACAGGUAGGGGGUCUGCCUUAGGCAUUGCUGUACGAUGUAGUGAAGUAGCUUGUUAAAGAUAUCUGUGAAUUGUAGCAAAUGUAGCUAACAAGCAAGUAUGACUAGCCAGCAAUAAUUCUGUUUUUUCUGUUAUUCUCUUGCAGAUAGACAUAUAUAGUAAGAAUAAUCCAGUCUGAAAUUGGAUUCAGCACCUUUUUCGUUGUAGUUGUUCUUAUUGUUGUUUACGAUGUAAUAGAUAGUGCCUACUUGUACCCAGAUCCAAACACAACAAAAACCUGUUUUAUAGUCAAAGCAGCCCAGUAGGAGAGGGCAGAGCCAGGGAAAAAGAGCAUUGUGUGGUAGGCAGCUUAUUGCUUUUCCAGGAAAAGGUUGCUUGUGAUGUAGAAUGUGUAUGGACUGGAUUGUUUGUGAUUAAGUGUGUGCACAUCAAGGGAAAAGUAUAAUAAUAAUUUUUAAAAAUUAAAAAGUAUUCAUUUCCCGAUUCUUGCUUUUAUUUGGCCAGAGAGAGGGAGAAAUGCUGAUUCCUACUAGUCUGGUGGGCCAAACAUGUGGUCUGCACGUGUAGCUAGUAUUGCCCCUUCUGGUCUGGCACUGCGUAACGUAUCAGACAGUGUCUGUGGUAAUAAUUCCCAUUGUGACCUGCUAGUUAUUUACCUAAUAGCCAUUCCAGGCCUGUUUGUGAGAUAUCAGAAGGGAUAACAACUGCAGAUUUUGUCAUAUUGUUAAACGUUGCUGCAAAUUUAUAAUUUUAUCCUCUGGUGAGCCAAAAAACAUUAAAUUGUCCAUGAGAGCCAAGUUUGAAUAUGUUUCUAUAGCUAACAUUCAAACUCCUUUAGCCUAAAUUAUCAAUCUCAUCACAGGUGAUUAGGGAAAAAAAGUCUAACAAUUUAUUGUUUUUGACCUAAAUUAAUAUUAUGUAGCAAAAUAGUAAGGGACACUGCAGGUUUAAUCUCUUUUUUUUUUUUUUUUUUUUAUAUAAUGUGGCAUGGGUUCUCACUGAGCAUUUUUGGCUACAGCGACCAUAACUGUAUGCCAGACAGAGACUGGAAGAGAACUAUGACAUUUGUAGCCCAACAUCAUCUGUGGGGAAGUACUAAACACAAAAGCAAAUGUAAAAAAUAUAUCCUUCUGUUCAACCAGCCAAAACACACACAAAAAGCAUUCUAAGAAACAUAUUCUAAAAACAAUUCCUACUAAUUUUCCUUACUUAAUGCAAAUACUAAGGAUUUUCAGUUUCUCCAGACACUGGGAAGUCCCAGAAAUCUGUCGGCCAAUCCUAAUUCUUGAAUUGUUUUCAUGUGAGCUUUUUUUUCCCCCAACAAUCAAAUAGCAAUAUUCAGUUUAUGUCUUUGCACUCUUAGGUGUCUUCACUCCAAGAAGAGGUGUCAACCCAGCAUGAUCUUCUUCAUGGUAGAGAUAACCUAGAACAUAAUGGAGAGAUCAUGGUGGGGGAUAUUGCUCAACUACAAAAGGAGAAACGUGUAAUGGAGCAGCAGAUCUCAGAGAAGAAUAAGGUACUCACCCCCAAUAUGUUGUUUUCCUUUACCAGUGGUUACAAACCUACUUUUCAGGUUCAGCCAACGGUAUUUAGUGUAUUCUCAUGUCUCCUCUUAAGAGAUUUUGACAAAAACUCUUCUGCUAGAGUUGUUUGAGGAUUAGGAACAAUUGUCAAGGUCUUGACUCAUUACAAUUGGCAUAUAAAAGAUAGUGCCGCACCCGUAGCCAGACAGCAGGAACUGAAAACGAUGAUCACAUAGCAAGCAACAUAGCAAUGUUGUAUGUAUUCCCAGUACCUGUUAUGCUUCAUUGGGUCAUUGACCAUUGUAUACAUUAAUGGCUUAUGUUUUCUGUAUAUGAUCUAAGUUCUAAUGCAUUCGUGAAGGUCUCUAACUGGCUUGUGUGUAAGUAUAUAAAUAAAGAAUUUAAAGGGAAACUAUAGUCACCUAAACAACUUUAGCUUAAUGAAACAGUUUGGUUGUAUAGAUCAUCUUAUUAUCUGUCAUUUAGGAGUUAAAUCACUUUGUUUAUGAACCCUAGUCACACCUCCCUGCAUGUGACUUGCACAGCCUUCAUAAAUACUUCCUGUAAAUAGUCAUCUAAUGUUUAUCCUUCCUUUAUUGCAAGUUCUGUUUAAUUAAGAUUUUCUUAUCCCCUGCUAUGUUAGAAGCUUGCUAGACCCUGCAAGAGCCUCUUGAAUGUGAUUAAAGUUCAAUUUACAGAGAAAGAGAUACAAUGGUUUAAGAUAAAUUACAUCUGAUUGAAAGUGAAACCAUUUUUUUUUUUUUUGGAGGCUGUGUCAAUCAUAGCCAGGGGAGGUGUGACUAGGGCGGCAUAAACAGAAUCAAAGUAAUUUAACUCCUAAAUGCCAGUAAAUUGAGCAGUGAAACCUGAGAGGCAUGAUCUAUACUCUAAAAUUGCUUCAUUAAGCUAAAGUUUAGGUGACUAUAGUGUCCCUUUAAAAAAGAUGCUGUACUCCACUUCUUCCAAGCAUGGUUACCUAAGGGAUUGCUUUCUAUGUAUCUAUGUAUUAUCUAGGGCCCUCAUAGAGCUUCACUAGCCUAUAAAAGCUGAUGAUAUGCUUUACUAAGAAUGGGAAUGGGUCUACAAAUAAUGAAAAGCACAUAGAGGUGUCACCCAUGCUUGGACGAAGAGUACAACACACAGUGGUUAAUUUGAAAAGUAUUAAAAUCUAUCUGGUGUGCUUUAAGCCUUAAAUAACUUGAAAACAGUAAAACGGAAACGUUUCAGAUUUGCUUUCAAUGUAACCAUAUGUAUGGGUUUUAAAGCAUCUGCAAAAUGCUGUUAGAAGAGAAUAGGUGUUGCAAAUGACAAUGCUUUCACUUUCAUUCCUUAUUCAUUUCAUUCCAUUUAAAUGCAACAUUAUUUAGAUUGAUAUCACUGACAAACUGAAUGGUUUCUCCUCUUGCAGACUAUAAAGCAGCUUCAACAAAGGAUGGCAGAGCUAAAAAAGACAUUACAAAAGGAAUUGGUGAGUGUUUAUUUGUGACUGGCAUUUAUAAAGCGCCCAAAUAUCCGCAGUGCUGUACAAUUAGAGUAGAACAUACAUUAUGCACAGACCAAUACAAAAGUUAAAGAAGGCCUUGCCUGUGAGCGAAGAUCUACCGUAUAUACUCAUGUAUAAGUCGAUCUCAUGUAUAAGUCGAUCUCAUGUAUAAGUCGAGUGCAGUUUUGUGACCAACAAUUAUGAAAUAUGCUAAGCCUCGUGGAUAAGUCGAGGGUAAAACUUGGGACUAUGAAAUUCUGUGAUUUUUAUAAUUAUACACACACACACUGCAUUAUAUACACACACUCAUACAAGCGCACACUCAUACAAACAAUCUGCAUUAUACACACACACUCAUACACACACUCUGCAUUAUAUACGCACACACUCUGUGUGUAUAUAAUGCAGAGUGUGUGUGUUUAUGUGAAUGCAGAGUGUGUCUGAAUGAGUGUGUGUGUAUAAUGCAGAUUGUUUGUAUGAGUGUGUGUAUAUAAUGCAGAAAGUGUGUGUAGUGUGUAGUGUGUGUGAACUGGGUGGGGGGAGGGCAUUUUUAUUUUAUUUUUUUAUUUUAAUAUUUUAAUUUUUUUAAUUUUAUUAUUAUUUUUUUAUUUUAUUAUUUAUUUUUUUAUUGUAAUAUUUUAUUUUAUUAUUUAAUUUUAUUUUCGUCCCCCCUCCCUGCUUGUUAGCUGGCCAGGGAGGGGGGCUUUCAUUCCCUGGUGGUCCAGUGGAUGGGCUGUGUAGGAGGGGGGCUGGCAUCGAGCUGUAACUUACCUUUCCUGCAGCUCCUGUCAGCUGCCUUCUCCUCCGGUCCGGUCAGAUCCCUUCUCCCCUGUAAGUCUCGCGGUGUGACAGCCGCGCGGAGCGUUGCCACGGUAACCCGUGGCAACGCUCUGACCCCACGGCUCUCGCGAGACUUACAGGGGAGCUGACCAGACCGGAGGAGAAGGGAGCUGACAGGAGCUGCAGGAAAGGUAAGUUACAGCUCGAUGCCAGCCCCCAAUAGGACCGCCGGGCUUGUAAUGAGCAAUGUAAGUUGCCAUAAUACAGACAUUGACUCGAGUAUAAGUCGAGUGGGGGGUUUUCAGCACAAAAAAAUGUGCUGAAAAACUCGACUUAUACUCGAGUAUAUACAGUAAUUAAUCAAAGCUAUUUUAUACAAAGUUCUUAGACGGCCUGUGAGCUUGCAAUUUAAAGGAUAUGAUAGGGAUUAGCAGGGGUAAGUGAUGGCCUGAGGAAUGUAACCGAGAGUACAUUUGUAAAUGACCCUUUGUGCAUUUAGAGAUUGUUUUCUGCACACCACUAAUCUAAAGAGUGAAUAUUUAAAUAUUCGGAGAGGAGUCUGAGAUGAGUGGAGUCUGGCCAUUAUCCUUCUAGGUUAUUCUAUGUGUAUUUCCCUACAUUCCAACCUCUCACUCCAAAUUUUUGUUUGUUUUUUAUCUCUGUAAACAAUGUAUCUGUAUUAUUUACAGUUUUACACACGGUCAGUGUAACCUCUUGUGCAUUGCUCGUGGUGCUGCUGGAAUCAGUGGUGUAUCCUGGUUUUGUGCUGCCCUACGCAGGACAAAACUCAGGCGCUCCCCUCCCCCCGCGCCACCCCCACCCAAUCCUUCCCCCCGCCCCACCUUCUAAAUACACACACACACACACACACACACAAUCAGACACACACAAACACACAGACAAACACACACGCAGUCAGACACAAACACACCCACGCAGUCAGACACAAACACACCCACGCAGUCAGACACAAACACACCCACGCAGUCAGACACAUACACACCCACGCAGUCAGACACAUACACACAGUCAGACACAUCCACAGACACAAACACAGUCAGACACAUCCACAGUCACACACACAGUCACAAACACACAAACACAGUCAGACACAAACACACACACACACACACACACACACACACACACACACACAGUCAGACACAAACAGAGUGAGGUUGGGAGCCGGGUUGAUGACGUCAUAUUCCGGCUCCCAGCCUCACUCUGCGGUGCGCGAGGGAGCUGAGCAGACGGCUCAGGGGAAGUGCUCCCUCGCCAGCCGCCCCCCCAAAGCCGCCAGCCUGAUCGGCAUGUCUGUUAGCCGCGAGGCUAACUAGGCAUUUGCCCUGGGCAUUUGGGGGCAGCGUUUUUUGCCGCCCCCUGAAAAAUGCCGCCCAAGGCAAAUGCCUUGUUUGCCUCGCGGCUAAUACGUCACUGGCUGGAAUGCAGAGCAAGACAUGGUUUCCUCCUCUGCAUUUCCAUUUUUCCAAAGUAUGAGGAAGGUUCAGGCGAUCCAUUCUAAUUCUACAAAUGUUUUACUUUCCCUGGGGCCAUGUGAUGUCACCCCUGCGAGGGACAAGAGAGACUUUUUUUUUUUUUUUCUUGUGGCACAGCUCUAACAGAGCCCCUUUCCCUAACCUUUGAUUAAUCUGUUACCAAUGGUGAUUAUCUACCUCGCAGUCCCUCAGGACAGUAUUUUAUUUUUUGUGUGUUGAAUAUCUACUUAAAUGCAUUUUUAUUAUUUAAAAUGUUGAAAUUAAAUUACUCCUGUUUUGCUUCUUUGAACAGUGGUAUUGUUUUAGAAUACAGAUUAUGAUUCUGCAAAGUAGAUGUUGUACUAUUUCAUACCUUCUAACAUCUAUCAUUAAAAACUAAAGACAGGAGAGGGCAAUUAAAGGGGAUGUGCCAUUGACACACCACAUCAAAGGACAUACCGUCACAUGCUUGCAUGUAGGAGACACGCAUGGUGACAGGCAGCUUAUUAUGACAGGCAGGCAAUUGUGACAGGCAGUUGUCCUGCACUUCAAGUUUGGGAUAUUUCCUCUGUUAUCUCUGAGAUCUGUGAUUCUUGAGAGGUUGUGCUGUCUGAUUAUAAAAUAUAUUUAUACAGCAUAUUACAUGAAGUGUUAUUGUAAAAAGAAAUAUAGAUUAACUUAUUGGCUGCUAGAAAAGCAAGAUGGCUGCUUCCACUGUUUGUUGACAAAUUUGUAACUACAAAUAAAAAUUAAAUAGGUGCCAAACAAAUGUUAUAGAACCAAUAUAUAGCUUCGUUGCAGUAUCUCGGAGACAAAGGUUUUUAUUCCAACUAUGUUUAUGCUUAACCUCCCACUGUGAGCCAGUGUCGUUUUUUUUUUUUCCUUUCUAAAAUUACAUGGUGAACCCCUUGUUAUCACAAGGUCAUUAACCCCUUAAGGACCAAACUUCUGGAAUUAAAGGGAAUCAUGACAUGUCACACGUCAUGUGUCCUUAAGGGGUAAAAGAAAAUUUUCAGAAGGCUACUGUAUUUUUCUAAACUCCUACACACUUAUUAUUCCUUAAUAGUGAAGCCCACCCCAUGUAUUCCCUAUGUUUAUACAAUCCUAGUCACACCUCCCUGCAUGUGACUUGCAAAGCCUUCCGAAACACUUUCUGAAAAGGAACCUGGAUAUUUUAGGUUCAUUUAUUGCACAGUCUGUUUAAUUUAGAAUUUCUUAUCGCUUGCUUUGUUGAUAGCAUUUUAGAGCCUACAGGAGCCUCCUGUGUGUGAUCAAAAUUCAAUUUACAAUCAGGAAAUAAAAACUGCUAAAGUAAGUUACAUCUGAUUGAAACUGAAAAAUGUUUUUGCAUUUCAUGCAGACUGUGCCAGUCACAAGAAAUGGGAGGUGGGUCUAGGACUGCAUGAACAGUCCUAUAUACAGAACUGCUUCAUUAAGCUAAAGUUUGGAUUUUGAUGCUUACUGGUGACAAUAGUGUCCUUUGAAAUUGUGACGCUAGUAUGGCUGUUCUUUCCCUUAGCCGUUUAUAUGACACUAAACAUACUAGGAACUCCUUUAGGUUAAGGUGCAAUUUAUUGUAUAAAUGUGGUCGCAUUUGCAAAUGUUACAAAUAUGUCGUUAAAGAGAAUAGCUUUACUUUACAUGUGAUUACUAAGAGCUAAACAACUCACAGCCUUAUUAUCUUAUUAUUAAAAGAAAUGUUACCUAUCUUUUGUCCUGCCUUAAAUGUAGAUAUAAAUAUGUGGGGGAGACUUAAUGGCAAUUAAAAACCCUUUUUAGAGCACACUUGUUGGAUAUAGAGAAUUUAAAUCUUAAGUCGCCAAUAUUUUCACAAAUGUGAUGAAGAUGAUACUAAUAAAUUCAGGUUCUGGAGCAUAGGAAGAUGUACAGUUCCUAUUCAGGGUGGUGAUCACAAAAAGCAUAGAAAAUGCAAAGUAUUUUGGAUAUUUGAAUUCUGUACAAGGUGGCCCCAGGGUUUCAAUGCUAUCAUUACUAUCAUUAGGCAUUGAAUAAGCCACCCAUUUAUUGAAUGUUUCCUGCUUGAUUAUACUUCCUGUUUAAGCUUUUUUUGUAAUUAUUUUUUGAUCACAGGUUUAAUUCACUUGGUUCUAACCCAGACAUCCCAGCUUGCAAAAAUGCAUUUUAGGGAGGUGGCUUCACCAGCUACCGUGUGCACCCUCCCCUUAGACAGACACACACAGCCCGCAAACAUGUAUGAACACCUUGACACACAGAUACACGCACUGACACACAGAUACAUAAACUGAGAUACGCACACUGAUGCAUACACUCAGUCAUGCACACUGAUGCACUGACUCAUAUACUCAGAUGCAUGCACACACACACACUGACACAAACAUACAUAUACAAACACACAGAAAAACACACCGACAUACCGAUACACACACUGGCAUGAACACUCAGAUACACUCUUGUUAGCUUACUUUUGUCUUCUGGAGGGUGGCUUGCUUGAGGCUCUGGUCCUGGCUGAGGCUGAUAGGAGUGAGCAUGCAGUGACAGCUCACUCCAGCCUCUCUUCUCCCUCCAGUCCUCCUGUGCGGCUGAUAGUCGGCUCCUAAAGGGCCGGCACCCCACUGACCCCUGCUUAGUAUGAGGGAAGUGGGACAAAAAUCCUGUAUAAUAUCCUGGUGAUCAAUACACACAAUCUAAUAUAAAUUGUAUGUCAGAUUGUGUGUGAUUUCCUGGAUAUUAUACAUGUUCUGUGGGUGUCUGGGAGCCGCAUGCAAAAUGCUGGAGUGGGAGACUUGGGAUGUCUGGUUACUAAUCCGUUUGCAAUCUCUUGUCUGUUUGCUACCUCUUGUGCUGUAUUGAGUUUCUGGCUUUACAUAUUGAUUGUUACAUUGUGUAUUUUGAUGGGAGUUGGUUGUUACACCAUUAGAGUGUCCUCCUCUCUUCUUUUUGUUGGGUUGGUCUGGAAUGAUCAGCCGAUCUAAUUUUUAUUUCUGAGACAUUGCUUUAAUCAGGAGUUUUUUCCUGUUUAUGAAAUUUAUCUUUUUUUCCUUUUCUGUUAUAUUCCAGUUACGAGUAUUUUGUAAGUCUUCUGUUAUUCAUUUAGGUAAUGUUUUCAUAAUCCAUGUGGGGAAAUCAAUCUGCUUUCCGAUUGUCUCUAUUUGAUUAGCAGACCCAACUUAAGCUGUGUCUGAUUGUUAAAGUAUUUUUUUUUGCAUUGGAGGUGUGAUGUGUGUAAAUAAUGUUUUGUUAGAACCUGUGCCGUAUGUAGGAAAGAUGUCUCCGAGGAAGUGCCUUGUCAGCACAAAACAUAUAUUCUUCCUGGUUAAAUAAUUUGCUAUUGUUUUUCAAGGUUAAUGCACAGGGCUUUCCACACCACCUGUAUGAAGUGGCUUUUCUGUAUCUCUUUGUAACAUUCUAUUCUCUGUUUACAGAAAAUAAAACCAGAACCUGAAAUUAACGAAAUGCGAGAGAAACUGAGUCCUGAGUUGGCCACCCCUGCGCUGACUGUGACCAAUAACUCUGACCUGAAUGACUCGCGGGAGAUCAAUUUUGAGUAUCUGAAACAUGUUGUUUUGAAGUUUAUGUCUGCACGGGAAGCAGAGGUGAGAGGCAUUAAGUGACUUGGCUCCUAUCGCAGAAUGUACUAGUAGAUGAGACAGAGAUUAAGGCGAUAUGCAUCUACACUCUGUUUCUCGAUCUUAAAAUGUCUCUGUGUAGUUUAAUCUAUUCAGUUUAAUUUGUCAUCUAUUUGUGUCUUUUUACAGGCAAAUAAUAAAGGUGCUAUCAGAGGCGUAACUAGAAAUCACUGAGUCCCAGAACAAAAAUUGCCCUUGGUCCCCCCCAUGUGUCUCAACCCCUGUUGCUCUAUUCUGCUACAUUACUUGCUUCCUUAGACUGAAUACCCAAGAAAAACUGCCUUCUGAACAGCAAAGUUAAAGGGACACUAUAGUCACCAGAACAACUACAGCUUAUUGUGUUUGUUCUGGUGAAUAUAAUCAUUCCCUUCAGGCUAUUUGCAGUAAACACUAUUUUUUCAGGGAAAAUGCAGUGUUUACAUUACAGCCUAGGAAUUAUUCCACUGGUCAUUCCUCAGAUGGCUGCUAGAAGUGCUUCCUGGGGCAGUGCUGCACACUGUGCAGUAGUGCCAUUCAGUCUCUCCAUCCUCUGCAUGGAGACACUGAACUUUUGUCAUAGAGAUGCAUUGAUUCCAUUAAUCCCUCUAUGAGGUGAUGCUGAUUGGCCAGGGCAAUGUUUGGCUUGCGCUGGCUCUGCCCCUGAUAUGCCUCCUUGGAAAAGCAUUGCGAUCGGCUGAGAGAAUCAUUUCUGAUGAUGUCAGCCAAGCACUCAGAUCAGACGCAGAGCCAGCAGGAGCAGACUGGAAUCAAAGUAAGAUUUAAUUAAAUAGGGGAAAGUGGAGUCACAGGGGUUAGAUGGUGGUUUUAACCCUAUAGGGUUGGGAAUACAUAUUUGUAUAGUGUUCCUUUAAUUUUAGUAGUUUCAAACUUGCCCUAGCUGACAUAUGUUUUGUUCCAGGCCUUUCAUCUCAUCAAAGCUGUAUCUGUAUUGCUAAACUUCUCUGUAGAAGAAGAAAACCUGGUUAAGGAGACCUUAGAAUACAAGGUGAGAUUUGCAGGCUCCAUACCUUACCAAUAACACAAUUUUCUAUUAGUAUCAACCUACAACAUGUCUUGGAAUUUAUUAUAUUGGCCAGUACCUUAAAAAUACAACAUAAUUUUAUACAAACAAAUAUUACCCAUUAUUUUGGUUAUAGAUGUUUAUAUUUGUUAUUAUUAUAGAUGUCUUGGUUUGGGUCAAAGCCAGCUCCAAAAGGUUCCAUUCGUCCUUCGAUCUCCAAACCCAGAACACCUUGGUCUUAAUGAAAGGAAAUGUGAAGACUAACUCCCUUCUUCCUGAUUGGUCUCACUUUGUAUGUAAGGAACACUAAAUGCGGGGAGGUCUUAGUGAUGACUACUGUCCCUGCAGUGUAUUUUUAAUAAGGCUUUACAAGCUUGUUUAUGAUCCGGGUAUCUCGGGAGUUACUUUUUUGUUUUGGGGUGGAAUAGCAAAUGUUUAUUUUAUUAAGGUGAAUGCUCAAAAGUCUACGCUUAGUUGUUCACAGAUGCAUAACCAUCAGAGGACAUCUGACUGUCACAUGCCUUUCUGGAUAUAAACCGGAGAGAGGAACAAAUCUGAAAACUGCACAUCUGUCUGUCAAAUGUUCUGGAUACAUCUGAUGCCAACACGAGUUAUGUACCAAUGAGGGCAACAUCAUUUUAAAUAAAGCUGCUAUGGUUGGCUUUUAUUUGACCAUGAAGAGCUAUGGGGGUGUCCAGAAUUCGCCAUCCAGCUGUGAACAGUUUUCAUAAUAGUCUUGCGGAAAUUCUGACAAAGUAGUCCAACAACUACAGGGGGAACAAACACUCCAGUUUUAUGAAGUUAACAGAAUGUUUUUGAUGUUUCAUGCAAUUCUCCAUACCCAUCAGUAUGUUUUAAAGGGCUAAUGGUGGAUCUGGGCUCAAAAAUGUUGACUGCAUUGCAUAAUUUAAGGUGUUAUAAGUUAGUGUACAUUUGUAUAUUCCUGUACUUCUUUGUAAAAUUUGUCCUGCCAACCUGUCUUCAUACAGAGCCGUUGGUGGAUCAGUCAGGCUUUAAAACUGCAAUAUGUGGCAAACCACGAUUUUGGUACGUGAUUUGAGAUACCUAGCACAGUAUUUUCCUGCAAAUGCUGCACUUCUAAGAUACUGAUCUCCCAGCUGCAAAAAUAAAAUAAAAUUGAAAUGUAUUACAUCUAGGAAAUGGGGCACAGAGACCAACUUUGCAAACUUGAAUUCUUGAGUCAAUCAUGUAAUAUUUAUUAUUGUAUCACAACACCUCCUGUAAUUACUGCAUAUUCUAUCUAUUAUUUAAUAUGUGUAUUGCUCUUUUUUUAUCACUGCAUCCAGAGUUUAAGAUCAGGGUUUAGGUCCGGUAAAAUCUGGGGCACUUUGCUCAUGCCGAGUUAUGUGUCCUUGAUUAGACUAAAUAAAUAUUUGUGAACAUCUUUAUUUCUCUAGCAUAUGCUUGAAUCAAGUAUCUGUUAACUGCAAAGUGGGUUCCGCUCCGGAACUCAAACUGAAACCUACAGAAGUUGAAUUAUUUUGUAGUUUUUUAGGGGACCUGCUGAGUGUAAUAAUAAAGAUGUCCUAACUUUUAAAAUUGCUAGUCCUCCUUAAAAAUAGCUACUACAACGUGUACAAACUGGUACGCACUUCCAAAGGCCGCCAUAUAGUGUGCCAUGUAGUUUUUCCUCUGCAGGGAAUCUUACAUGAAAUGUACCCAUAAUAGUUUCAUACAAAAUAAUUUCCCAUUUAUACUAUAUUUAGCUAGUGCAAUAAAUACACCAAAUUUCCUGGAAUUGAUGCCUAAGUUUCUAUGUAAUAUAAAUUUAUAUUAGAAAACCAAAGCAGUGUAAAAGACUGCAUCAUACAUUGUGAAGAAAUCGCUACUCAUUUGUAAGCAAUAUACGUAUGUAUUAUGGAAAGAACAUAAAAAAGCCACAAAAAUUAUGAAAGCUAUAGCAUCAGGGAAUGAGGUACAGAAACUUGUAGGGUGGGACAACUCUAUAGCCUGUAUGGAAUAUUCAGUCUGAGGUAUGACCGUGGAACUCUCGUGCUAAGAAAGGGGGUUUAAAUUAGCAACAUCUUAGCAUAUUCCACACAUCUAAUUGGAUGCAGUUGGUAGGCAAGCUUGUGCAAGCUCCAUGGUUAGAAAACAAGAGGCCUCGAUUUCAAAAUAAAAUAAAUGUUUCCUACUAUCCAAUCAGUCAAUGUUGGAGGCCCACCUUCAAGAGAGUCCAUGAUCCCAUUGUCACCACAUAACGGACAGAAUAAUCAAGGGCCCAGUGCUGCCUUAUUUUUUUUAGGAUAUUAUUCCCCUGGUUAUUAUUUUGAGACGUAUAUUUACUGGUUUUAUUGGUCAAGCCCAAGUUUUGGUGGUGAAGGGAUGUUUGCACCGUAGUUGUGUACUAAGUACUUAUGGUGGACCACUGAAACUAAUACUUCCAUUUAUAAGAUUAGUGUGUGUCCAUACUUUAUUGCCCCACGAUCCCUUAAGUGACAAGUGACUUUUAUUCAGCUUUAUGACUUGCCUAGUAAUGUUUCAUACUAUAAACAGUCCUUUUUAUAUUGCAUUUGUCAGAGAACUAGUAUACAUUCACUUUGAUCUAACUCGGAUGUGCAAGUUGCUUUGUGUCACUUAAUAGAGAAAUCAUACAUUUUUUUUAUUUAUUUGUACUGGAUUUCUUUGUCCAUUAUUCCCCUAAAUGCUCUGUGUGGCAUGGAGAGUUAUUUUUUUUUACCAGCCCCUGACCACAUUUUGCAUGUAGAGUUCACUGUUUCCAUUUAUUACAUUAUUCACGCAACUGAAUUUGGUGUACUCCUUCUUGUGUGUAACAUUGUAUAUUUAGAAGGUGGCCACAUGUAGCGAGUAGUGCACUAUGUGUGCUCUGAUCUGUCUUUAUUUUAUCAUUGUUUUAUUUUUUUAUCUUGUGGAGUGGUGUCUUAUGGAGUACCAUUUAUUCUUGACUUUUAAAACGGAUUGGAGACUGAUAUUAUGUUCCUAUUUUAUAUGGGGGUUGUCACUGAAUUCCUUUGUAGCCACUGAAAUUCUUGCUUUUUUUUCCUUUCCAAUGUCAUGGUAUAGAUGAGCACAUUAUAUAAGAUGUAAAUUAAUCACUUUAAUUUACGGUUUACUGCCUGUAAAUUCCUCGGCUUCAAAACAAAGUUAGAAAACAUUGUAUGCAUUUAUCUGUAAUGUUGUCCUGUUUUGUCAUCUGUCAGGUUUCUCUGUAAAAAUAAGCAAAAUGCACGUCCUAUAUUUGAGCCACUGGUUUUCUUUUGCAAACGUGAUAUUAAUGUUAAGUGAUAAACAUCCAACAAAAUACAUAAAAUAAUAUUGAAAGGAACACUACAAAGCUGUAUUCCUAACAAUAUCGUGUCCCUUUCCCCUGUUGUGCCCCCUUAAAAAGACUUAACCAAUUCCAGUACCAAGUUCCCUGGGCCUUGGAUUCGUCUCCUUCUCCUUCAAAGUGAAUGUGGGGGAGGGGGACCUAAUGCGCAUGCACGGAGAGCGCUGCACUGGCAUUUUUGCCUUCCCCACAGGAAAGCAUUGAAUCAAUGCUUUCCUAUGGGGUUUUGUAAGAUGCUGGGCAUCCUCAUGUAAUGCCACUAAAUUGCAAUUUCUCUAACGCUACAAUAUUUUUAACUUCUGGAUUAAGGGGACAUGGGCAGUGCACCCAGAUCACUUCAAUGAGAUGAAAUGGUGCUGGUUCCUAUAGUGUUCCUUUAAUACUGUUCCUUUUUCAGCUAAUACACAAAUAAUGUUAAAUUUUUCCUGCUGUAUUCCUGCUUUCUCUACCCUGGGGCUAUGUGGUGGGAGGGGAGUAAUCGGAUCCCAUUGCAGCGUAUCAAUUAGUAAAGUUAUGAUAUAAAAAUGUAUUGAGUUCACUCUUGAGGAUGCAGAAGUCAUACUUAUUCGUAUAAAUCUCAUAAACCCCCAUUUGGAAACUUUGUAGCAUGUGGUUGACAAGACUGUGCCUAGAUUUCAGUAGUGUCUGAUUUUGGAGUAAUCGUUAAAUAUUAUACCAAUAAGAUAGCACAUGACUUUUAUGGGAAUAGCAGCACAGUGGCCGGUCUACUGUUAUUUAAAAAAAAAAAAAAAAAAUAAUAAUUAGCUCUGAGUUUAUACAAACAUCUGCAGCUCUUUAUUACAUUUGAUGCAAGAACUGCCCAGCCUACUCUCCACCAAGCACCAAUGUAAAUGUGGCUUUUAGAUUAUCCCGGUUCAAUGUCAGUAGUUUUGUAAAAUGAUCUCCAUUAUACAGAUUCACUCGGUUACUAGAUGUCCUUUUAUUUUGGGCAACCUCUAUCUUUCAGUGCAGUAGACAUUGUGCAGAGUGGAUCAUGACAGUUCUUCUACACAAUACAGAGAUAUUGAACUCUGCCAAGAGUGAGGUAACUGAUUGCUUUUGAAGAUGCAUUCUCCGCUGUUUUGAUUAGUGUUGCAUUGCAGGUCAAUCCCACAGCAAGAACGGUUAUAUAAGGUAAAUUCUACCUCCCAAAAGACAAUGUAAAAAAAAAAAAAAAAUUGUACAAAGAGAAACACUCAUACCCUCUACAUAGAACAUACCAGCUCACAAAUUACUGCUUUUGGAAAUUCAAAAUUCUAUAAAAUUAUAUUUUUUAAAAUGUGCUGUCUUCCUGUAUCACAAGUUCUAGAAUAUAGAACAACUGGUAUUAGCUGAAAUAAAUCAAUAAAUAAAACACAACAAUGUUUGACUAAUGAUGGCUUGGGCGCAAAAAAACACCACUCCAUCAUUCCUGUCACUUUGCUGCUUGUCAUAAUGAUCUCUGAUGUUUAUUAAAGCGAAGUCAGAUUGAUUACAGAACUAAAGAAGACUCUGUGGUUUCACUACGGCUCAGACAAUUCUCAUUUAUUUUAUGGAUUUGCUAAUACAUCUCCAGCGGAGCUGGGAAUGUAGGAACAUUUUGUAACACCUGUAAAAUAUAUGUAUGUAAUCAUUUUUUAUAUCAAAUAAUUGAAGCAAUAUGUUUCUAAGAGAGACAAGAGAAACCAUCCGUAUGGAUAAUUAUACUCACAAUCUUAUGUAAGAGAACAUUUUUAUUUAUUUAUUUUUUUAAAUCACCCAGGUGAUUUCUGUUUUUGUCGAACAGCCGAGAAAGUACACCUACAUUCCCCAGUUGGGAAUGUAGGUGCUACUCAUUUCUUUUACAUUACAAAAAGAGAUGUCUUUAUCUGUGCCAAUUUUCCAUAUAACUUCUUUUGUGAAUAGUCUUUGUUGUAAGACAUGUUUAUUCUGAUAGUGCUAUAUGCUAUCCUAUCAAUGAAAAUAUAAAUGACAAGAAAAUAACAAAAUAUUUUUUAAGUGUUAGUAAUAUAUUUUAAAUGUUAUCCUCAUAGUUGGAAGGUAAAAAUCUAAAAUAAUGCCACGUGAGCACCCACAGACCAAUAAGCCCCCACUCUUUAUAAAAAAAAGAAUAAAUAGACAGGACUACCUAAUUGUUAUUUAUAAAUGAGAAGCCGAGAGGUGGACUAUUUGGGAAGCUAUGCCCAUUGAAAAGCUGUGAGACCUUUUUUCCCCAUCAACCACUUGAUGGUAGAUGUACAGCGGUAUUUUUAUUGUGUUUCUUUCUUCUUCACGUGGAGAGAUGUCCCUAGUAUUGAAUGCCAAAAAAAAAUAUUUCCAAAAAUAUAUUUCUGGCAGCAUGCGUUCAUGAACCUGAUAUGUAACUUGUAUUGAAGAGAAAUUAACACAUAAUUUAGCAUCGUCAUAGUGCAAUUUAACUUUGUUAGAAUAAUUGAUACAUUUUCGGGUUACGCAGCAGUUUCCUAAUGUUUACGGAAGGAUAUCCAAUGGUUGGUAUUGGGAAGUUGUGUAUUUUCUUUUCCAAGUGCUCCUAGUUAUUUUAUUUUUUGUGUGUGCAUGAUAUUGUCUGAGGUCCCCAGUUACUCCAAGGUGAUGGUUGGGGCCCUUGUUGAUGAGUUUCUUCACCACUAGAGUCCCUUGUGAAUUUUAAGUCAUAGAAUAUUUUCUUACAUUGUGUAUGCUACGGUAUACUACUGUGUAGCUUAAUAAAGCCGUUUUAGUGUAUAGAUUGCACCCCUAUUGUCUCACUGCUCAAUUCUCUGCCAUUUAUGAGUUAAAUCUCAUUUGUUUCAGUUUUUGCAGCUCUAGUCACACCUCAUCUGCCUAUGACUCACAUCCUGCAUGGCAGAAAUUUUCAUUUUCAAUCAGAUUCCAACUUACUUUACUCUUAACACUGUAAAUGAAACAUUAAUCACACGCAGGAGGAUACAGCAAGCUAUUGACAGAGCUGGAUAUAAGAAAUUCUAAAUUAAACAGAAUGUACUAUAUUAAAGGAAAUUUAAACAUUAGAUGACUCUUUGUUUUUUAAUUCUUUAUUUUGGUGCAAUUUUGCAUAACACAGACACCUAUAUGUUGCCACGACAUCAUAAGCAGGUAAAAACUUAAUACGUAACAGCAAGUCAUUGUCAGGUAUGGCAGGCUAGCAUGUUGCACAUUUUUAAAAUAUGGUGGUCUGUUCGGUUAUAUUGAGUUAGCCAUCAUAUGGGACAAUUACCCCUCGCUAUGCAUGGUGCAGCAAAGCUGCGUGCCAGUGGGGUCUGCUAGGCCCUGUUCUCCUGAUUUUGGGGGUGAUUGUUGGUGACACAGGCGCCGUUUUUUGGGUGUAGGUUAUGUGCGUGACUCAUUGGGCCCUGAGAGACGUGGUUAAAGCCCAUCGCCUAAUUGAGAGGCUAUCUCCUGGGAUAUUAGUGCUUGAUGGGGCUUAGCAGCUAUAAUACCUACAUCUAGCAAGGUGAUAUAGCUCCUUUGGGUGUCUAGUGUAACGUAUGGGUUAUUUCCUUCUCUGGUGAGCUGGUGAAUAGACUGGGGGUUGGUCCUAAUGUACUGCCUGGAUUUUUUUGUCUAUUAAUUUAAACCCCUGUAUUCCUGCUUUCUCUACCCCGGUACCCUGGGGCUAUGGGGUGGGAGGGGAGUAAUCGGAUCCCAUUGCAGGCACUUUGUGAGUCAAUUAAGCGUCUUGGCUAUGUAGGGCAGGUGAGAUACUACCUCUACACACUGGAGUUAAUGUACAAUAUAUCAGCUGGUAACGUAAAUUAUAGCAAACUUGCAAAACAUAAUUAAAAGAAAUCUCAUGUAGGACUCUGCAGCAUGAGCUGGUCAGGGACAGCGAGCUUUUCGGGUUGUUGGUCUCUUCUCUCUUCUGGGCGCAAACGUGGGUAUUUCAGCAGCAGUCCGAGAGUGAGUGCUCGGUAGUCCUUGGUUAGGGGUAUUUCUCGAUAAGCCCAGUGCUGCUAGUAGAGCAGGAGCUUCUGCCGGUUCUGUGGCUUUGUAAGACUUCCCAUCUUUAGUAAUCCACAUUGAUCUCGGUGUCGCCCAUUGAUAGGUCAGGCCUUCCUUUUGUAGAGUCUUCGCGAGGGGCUGCAUAGAUUUUCUCCACAGCUGGAUCCUUAGAUCCUGGAAGAAGGAAAUUUGGCAUGCUUCGAAGUCGUAUGGUGACUUCCCUUUUAGUGCAGCUAGCAGGCACAUCUUAUUUGAAAUCGUUUGGCAUCUGAGUAUAAUGUUGCGUAGUGCGGGGAGAGUGGGGACUUGGCGAUUCUGUACACCCCAUCAAAGGUGAAGCGAUUGGCUUGUCUCGCCGGCAGGAGGGAAGUCUCCAACCUUCCUAUGAAGUGUGGUAGUUGUUCCAGAGGUAUUGACACUAGGACUCCCCUUAUCUUUAUAUUCUUCCUCCAGCCUCUGUCAUCUAGUGUGGUCACCUGUCUGCUGGGUUCGGUCUGCGCUGCCUGUAGCUGUUGUACCUUGUCAUCCAGUACCUUCAGGCCUUGUUUUAGGUAGAGUACGCCUUCCUCAGUGGCCUGGGUGCACACUGUGACGGCCUGUACAUCAGGAGUGAGAGCCGGCAGAUCCGCUUCCCACAUUUUCCUGAGGUUGUGUUGGAGGCCAGUGAGCAUGUCCUGGAUUUCUUGCUUUGUUGCGGGAGCUGUUAUCUCUGAUGUGCGUGGAGUCCCUCAAUUCGUCAGUGCUGGGCUCCGAGGUGAGACCCUGCCGUCAGAUUGUGAGAGUGAGGUCUCCCGUGAGGCCGGCACCGGUGUUUGUGUCGAGUAUUGCAGCAUCUGGCCAAUAUCAUGCUGCGUCCUGGUGGUGGUUGCGGGCGUUUUCUGCCCAUGUCACUGGCCAGGUGCGAGUUGGACAGCAGUGCUGUUAGGCCUGGCUCUCUCCACACGAGUAGGCCUCCGGGGCUUACGAGAGCUGUCUGCUCACACGGUAGGUUUUUCUUGCCCCAAGUGAGAAAAAAAGGCAUCGGCAGCUUCAGGACUGUGUUCUGCAGCUAUGUAUGCCCUUGUGUCAGCUGUUUGCGGUAAGAUGCCGCCAGUAUUUAGUGGAUUACAAUUUUGCCGCUCGGAGCUAUGAAAUAUGGCAUCUUUUCGGAUGUACUGUUAGGCUCCGCCCCCUAGAUGACUCUUUACAGGAAGUGUUUAGGAGACUGUGUAUGUCACCAGGGAGGUGUGGUUAGGGCUGCAUAAACAAAGUGAUUUAACUCCUCAAUUGCAGAUAAUUGAGCAUUGAGACUGCAGGGGCAUGAACUACACAACAAAACUGCUUCAUUAAGCUAACAUUGUUUUUGUGCCUAUUAUGUCCCUUGAAUAUUUGUGUGGAGUCCAACAUCUGCACUUUUAUUAUGGCUAAUAGCAUGGAUUAAUAUAUCUUGUGCUUCAGGUUCUGGUUGUAGUUUUAGUUGUUUAUGUAGAAGAACUAGGUUGUAAUUUACGUGGUCUGUUUGCAUGUCUGGCAAGAGAAGUCGGGAUCCCAUGGUUGGCAAAUGAUUAGUGGUUCACUGCUGCUCUAUUCUCUUUCAGCAGGCUAACUGCUGGAGAGGCCCUCACAGAUUAUCUGUUAAAGACUCUGCCAGAAAUGAAUUAUUAAUUGUUCAGAUCAGUUUCUACAAUAUUGCAUUGUAAAAACGGUUUCAAACAGAGAUUUAAUUAAGCUCAUGAUUUAAUUAUGCUCAACGUUUUAUUCUCGUUUAAGUAUCAUUAAGUUUAUAUGUGAUCAUACAGUUUGUUGUUAAAAGACAUUCAGGAAAGUCUUCUAUAACUAUGAAUUAUAAUAAACCGGGCAUUUUUUUCCCCUCAAAUAUUUAUUUAAAAUAAGUUUAUACCGCGUAAUACAAAGAUAUAUGAACAAAGUACAAGUGUACAGUAGAGAAUAAUAACUUGGGUCGAGUACACCCCACACAAUGGAUGUGAUGGACCCCUGCCAUUCUUCAUCAAAAUCCAGAACAUAACAAUGCUCAGUGUGGAUAUAUACAGAGUCCCUGUCCAUGCAGGAUAUUUAAACUUUUGAUUCUUACAUAGCAGCACAGGAUAAAACUGUUAUUGACAUGAAAAGUAGACCCAUGCAACUUUUGAUAUAUGCAGCUUAAUCCCAUCCAAAGAGCUGCUACAGUACAGUCAGGAGCAUGAAGGUUGGCCUCCGUCACCUUACGUAUUCUGCAGUGAAGACAUCCGUACUUCUAAUUCAAUCCUAAUUACAUCCCCUGUACCGAUGACAUCCAAAUUUCUCAAUUAAAAGUGAUAGUCAUUGAGCUGGUAACCAGAGUGUACUUUGAUUGCUGAUGGUUUCUAAAAUGCAUGACAGGGGUUAGACACACCACAUGCAUGAUCACAAUGAGCAGUGUUCAACUGGUAUAUUCAUUUAAAAGUUGCCCCGUUAAUAGAAAUUUACGAUAAUGGCAAUAUGCAAUGUCACAGGUCUUGGAGGGGUACAUAUUUUAAUAACAUGGGUCACUGUGCAAUUUUGGUAUUUGUCCUAUUUCGGAAUUAGUCUAAUUUACAACCACCUCAGGAAUGCAAUUUGAUUAUAGGUUCUAUUUAUCCUCUCCAACCAUGCUUUGCAAUGUGUUUGCCACAUCUGUGAUCCUCAGAAGUAGAAGUUUGUAAUAUGAUUUUUUUUUAUAUAUAAAUAAUAUAUUCACUGAACAAAAAUUAUAAAUGCAACACUUUUGUUUUUGCCCCCAUUUUCAUGAGCUGAACUCAAAGAUCUAAGACCUUCUAUGUACACAAAAGGCCUAUUUCUCUCAAAUAUUGUUCAAAAAUCUGUCUAAAUCUGUGUUAGUGAGCACUUUGCUGAGAUAACCCAUCCAAAAUGUGCAUGUUUAUCACACAGCACAAUGCCACAGAUGUCGCAAGUUUUGAUGGAGUGUGCAAUUGGCAUUUCUGAAUUGAAUGUGCAUGUCUCUACCAUAAGCCAUCUCCAAAAGCGUUUCAGAGAAUUAGGCAGUAUAUCCAACUGGCCUCACAACCGCAGACCACAUGUAAACCACACUAGCCCAGGACUUCCACAUCCAGCAUCUUCACCUACAAGAUUGUCUGAGACCAGCCACCCAGACGGCUGCUGCAACAAUUGGUUUGCAUAACCAAAGAAUUUCUGCACAAACUGGCAGAAACCAUCUCAGGGAAGCUCAUCUGCAUGCUUGUCAUCCUCAGCGGGGUCUCGACCUGAGUGCAGUUCAUCAUCGUAACCGACUUGAGUGGGCAAAUGCCCACAUUCGUUGGCGUCUGGCACUUUGGAGAGGUGUUCUCUUCAUGGAUGAAUCAUGGUUUUCACUGUACAGGGCAGGUGGCAGACAGCGUGUAUGGCAUCAUGUGGGUGAGCGGUUUGCUGAUGUCAACGUUGUGGAUCGAGGUGCACAUGGUGGCAGUGGAGUUAUGGUAUGGGCAGGUGUAUGUUAUGGACAAUGAACACAGAUGCAUUUUAUUGAUGGCAUUUUGAAUGCACAGAGAUACCAUGACGAGAUCCUGAGGCCCAUUGUUGUGCCAUUCAUCCACGACCAUCACCUCAUGUUGCAGCAUGAUAAUGCAUGGCCCCAUGCUGCAAGGAUCUGUACACAAUUCCUGGAAGCUAAAAACAUCCCAGUUCUUGCAUGGCCAGCAUACUCACCGGACAUGUCACCCAUUGAGCAUGUUUGGGAUGCUCUGGAUCAGCAUAUACAACAGCGUGUUCCAGGU